AUGGUGUUUAUAAACUACUACUUUGAAUGCAUUCCAAUACAGCAACCUGAUUGUGAUUCCACAGUUCCAGCAAAAUUGCUGAGCAUCAAGCUGUGAGGAAGGGUUGUACCCAAUCACUCGGGAAACUCUGCACAAAUCCUGCUACCUCUUGCAUUCCGGACAGUCUCACAAAAUUGCUUCGACAUCUGACAUCAAACUGUACAGAAACUAUAGAGUAUCAAGUUCAAGGGCUGCUCCACAUGCUUGUCAUAAAUAUGCCUGUGUAUUCACUUUACAACUGCCACGAGAGGCUAAAACAAGGAAUAUAAAUAGCUCUUUACAAGCCCCCCUCCUGGUUCUGGGCUCAUGCAGACUUUGCAGACCUUGUGGCAGCUCUUGGGCCUCCUUCAGCUGACCCUCCAGCUGCAGCGAUUUGCCUUGCUUGGUAGGCAAUCUCCUGCUUAUAACUCUCUGGGCAUUAAAUAUUACAAGCUGCAAAGUGCCACUGGAUCAUACCAAGGGUUUAUCUCAGGGAUGGGGAGCCACAGGUCCAGUCCAAGAAUGGCUCUCUGGGCCUGUCUCUCUGCGGCCCUCAGGAUUUUCCAGGCUUUUUUUUCAGACUGGCAAGCUUCCUUCAACUGUAAUAAUGUGUCUUGCUUACCUGGGGUGGAUCUACACACAGGGGGGGAAACGCUGUAAAUAAGUCAGAAAUUAAAUUGUUAUAACAAAAUUUUAAAAAAUCACGUAAAAAUCGCAUAGAUUUUUUUUUUGCUCUCCGGCCCCAUCUGGUGUUGCAUAUUUAUAAUACAGUCAAAACAUUGUUUUGGACUAAUAUAGCUGAGUCCCUGGAUAAAGAGAUGUACAUGUAGAAACAUUUGGCUGUUAUGUAGCUGAGCCUUCUGUGCAAAGGUAACAGCCACACCCAGUCCAUACCCUCCAACAUUUCUCCAGUGAAAACAGGGGCAUCCUCUUUAAUAACAACAACAACAACAACAACAACAACAACAACAACACUCUGGCCAUCUCUUGCCCCAGCCACUCUGGGCAGCUUCCAGCAUAUAUAAAAACAUAAUAAAACAGUAAAUAUUUUUUAAAAAAACUUCUCUAUAUAGGGAUGCCUUUAUACGUCUUCUAAAGGUUGUAUAGUUAUAUAUUUCCUUGGCUCAUGGGUUGCAUAACUCCAUACCCUCCAACAUUUCUCCGAUGAAAAUAGGGACAUCCUAAGGAAAAGCGGUACAUUCCAGGAUCAAAUCAGAAACAGAGAUGGCUUCUGUAAAUUCGGGAGUGUCCCUGGAAAACAGGGAUACUUGGAGAGCCUGCCAGUCUGAUGACCUAUGCACAUGUUUUAGGACUCACAAACCUGCCAUUUUGACCCAAAACGUGAAGCGACUGGUUGCUUAACAUUUCACAUUUCAGUAUACACUCACACUGCAUUGGUGUUCUGCAAAUUACAGUCAGCCCCAGAACAAUGUAUUGGGCCUCACCAUAAGAGUUUUUGGCAUCAGCCUGAAUAAAGAGACAAUGGAAGAGUCCACCAUCGGAAGUAAAGUCAAACCAAUGGAGAGUUACAGCGCCUGCUGUGGCUGUAGUGACCAAUAUGGGAGAGAGGUGUUUUAUUGCAGCUGGGGCAGAUGAAAGAGCAACCCUGGUGGAGGCUUGUGUUUGGAGCCUAUCCUGUUGUCCCAAGCAUAUUUUAUUCAGCGUACCUGAUGUUCAGUAUCAGAGCUAUAUAUAACCCUGUUAAUAAUCCUAUUACUGAGAGGUAGGUACUGAUAAAAACGUAAUAAAUUGAUUCUGAAAAUGAGUGGGAAGAUGGACAGUCAUCUUUCAGUGGUGCUCAUGGAAGAGACUUGCGUUUUAAAGAUUCCCAUGCUGCUAUGUUGCACCUAUUGCACUUAUGUCCCUGAAUAAGUUUGGCCCAACUCAUAGUCAUGGACAUGCCUUAGACCUGGUGUUCACCUCUAGUGACGUGGGUGAUCUGACACUAAGUAAAAGUGAAACCAAAGAAGUGCCAUGGUCAGAUCACUUCCUGGUGCAACUGGACUUCUCCGCGACCCUUCCCCUCUGCAGGGAGGUGGGACCAAUUCGAAUGGUCCGCCCCCGCCACUUAAUGGAUCCAAAUGGUUUCCAGAGAGUGGUAGGGGAUGCUUUAUCCCAUGUUGAUGGCCUUUCAGCUGAUUCCCUGGUGGCCCGCUGGAAUGCAGAGUUAACCAGGGCUAUUGACUGUUUGGCUCCAAAGCACCCUCUCCGAUUGCAUGGACCCCGGACAGCCCCGUGGUUUUGUUCGGAGCUGAGGGCGAUGAAACAAUCGCUGAGACGGCUAGAGCGUCGGUGGCAGAAAACUCACUCCGAAUCUGACCGGACACAGGUUAGAGCUCAACGUCGAGCCUACCAAGUGGCGAUAGCAACGGUGAAGAAGACUUUCUUCACCGCCUCUAUUGCAUCUGCAGAAAAUAGUAGCAGGAGACUCUUUCAGGUGGUCCGCAAUUUAACGGAACCACCUUUACCACCGGGGCUUUGUAAAGACCCCAAGAUAUCCUGCAACGAUUUUGCAAAGUUUUUUGCAGAUAAAAUCACUCAUAUUCGGAAGGAGCUAGACACUACCGUGGGAGCAGGGCUGGGGCGGGAGAAUGCUAGAGCCCUGUCUGGUCAAGUUGCAUGGAAUCAAUUUCAAUCCGUUACCUCCGAGGAUGUGCACAGGCUGCUUGGACGCGUGAAACCAACCACCUGUCUCCUUGAUCCUUGCCCAUUCUGGCUAAUAAAAGCAAGCCGGGAAGGGCUGGGCGAUGGGCUGUGCGGGGUGGUGAAUGCUUCCCUCUGUGAGGGAACAUUCCCAGAUCCGCUGAAAGAGGCGGUCGUUAAACCGCUUCUUAAAAAACCAUCUUUAGACCCGGCCAGUAUGGCCAACUAUCGCCCAGUCUCAAAUCUUCCAUUCUUGGGCAAGGUGAUUGAGCGAGUGGUUGCUGAACAACUCCAGGCACGCCUGGAGGAUGCGGACCAUUUGGAUCCCUUCCAAUCGGGAUUCAGGCCUCAUCAUGGGACUGAAACUGCCUUGGUCGCGCUGGUUGAUGAUCUUCGGCGAGCUAGGGACAAAGGUGAGAGUUGUUUCCUAGUUCUGCUGGAUCUCUCAGCGGCCUUUGAUACAAUCAACCAUAACAUCCUUCCAGACCGUCUAGAGGGGCUGGGAGCUGGGGGCACUGUUAUACAGUGGUUUCGCUCCUUCCUCCUGGGCCGUGUUCAGAAAGUGGUGUGGGGGAUGAGUGUUCAGACCCCUGGGCCCUCACUUGUGGGGUGCCUCAGGGUUCCGUCUCCCCCAUGCUUUUUAACAUCUAUAUGAAGCCGCUGGGAGAGAUCAUCAGGGGGUUUGGACUGGGUGUCCAUCAAUAUGCAGAUGAUACCCAGCUCUACCUCUCUUUCAAAUCAGAACCAGUGAAGGCGGUGAAGGUCCUGUGUGAGUGCCUGGAGGCAGUUGGAGGAUGGAUGGUGGCUAAUGGAUUGAAGUUGAAUCCUGACAAGACAGAAGUACUGUUUUUGGGGGACAGGGGGCGGGCUGGUGUGGAGGACUCCCUGGUCCUGAAUAGGGUAACUGUGCCCCUGAAGGACCAGGUGAGUAGCCUGGGAGUCAUUUUGGUUUUGUUGUUGUUGUUGUUUUUGUUUUCCUAGUAUAUCUUUAAUGAAGAACAACUUUUUUAAAAAAAAUAAUAUUUAUUGCUUUUCCAACAAUUUAAACACUACCAAAACAAUACAAUACAAUACAUUGCAAUACAAAAACACUACAAUACAAAAACACUACAUAACAUUGACACAUUAAACACAUUAAACUAACAAAACAAAACAAAAACAGUUUAAAAUAAAUCAAACAAUUUCAAUAUCUUAUCUUUCAUUCACUUAUUUCCAUGACCUCCUCACACCUCCCUUUUUGUAUUCCACUUCUGUUAAUUGUUUCAGUCAUUUUGGACUCACAGCUGUCCAUGGAGGCGCAGGUCAAUUCUGUAUCCAGAGCAGCUGUCUACCAACUCCACCUGGUACGCAGGCUGAGACCCUACCUGCCCGCGGACUGUCUCGCUAGAGUGGUGCAUGCUCUAGUUAUCUCCCGCUUGGACUACUGCAAUGCGCUCUACGUGGGGCUACCUUUGAGGGUGACUCGGAAACUGCAACUAAUCCAGAAUGCAGCAGCUAGACUGCUGACUGGGGGCGGCCACCGAGACCACAUAACACCGGUCUUGAAAGACCUACAUUGGCUCCCAGUACGUUUCCGAGCACAAUUCAAAGUGCUGGUGUUGACCUUUAAAGCCCUAAAUGGCCUCGGCCCAGUAUACCUGAAGGAGCAUCUCCACCCCCAUUGUUCUGCCCGGACGCUGAGGUCCAGCGCCGAGGGCCUUCUGGCGGUUCCCUCAUUGCGAGAAGCAAAGCUACAGGGAACCAGGCAGAGGGCCUUCUCGGUAGUGGCGCCCGCCCUGUGGAACGCCCUCCCAUCAGAUGUCAAAGCGAUAAACAACUACCUGACAUUCAGAAGACAUCUUAAGGCAGCCCUGUUCAGGGAAGUUUUUUAUGUGUGAUAUUUUAGUGUAUUUUUUGUUUCUAUGGAAGCCUCCCAGAGUGGCUGGGGAAACCCAGCCAGAUGGGCGGGGUACAAAUAAUAAAUUAUUAUUAUUAUUAUAACAGGUGGCACCCUCAAGCUCCCAAAAACUCAAGUUUGAGCUUUAGAAGAUCUGGCAACCCUCAUACCAGGAUGAUUGGUGCCACAGUUACCAAUUUUACUUUCAAGUAUAUUGGUGGAGUAAAGACAGAAUCUGGAGAUCCUGGCAUUUCAGAUCUGGUUACCUGAACGUGGUUUUACUGGUUGGAACUGGCUGAUUGGCAAAGAUCACUGGGUUGUCAUUCCUAACUGACACCUUGUUUCUUCCAUUGAAAUACAUACAUUUUUUCACCUCCCCCAGUAUCCUGCUCUUUUUUGUGCUGGAAUGAUGUGUCUCCAAUUUUAUCCAUUCUUGGAACUGGACCAUUUGGAAUGACUGGCUGUGUUGCCGGAAUGGUGAAGGAUUCUACACAAGCUUGUGAUUUAUUUCCUCACACUUGCUUUUAAAAAUAAAACAAAAUUCUUACAAGAAUGAAACUUUAAACUUGGUUGCCUUUUGGACCUCACCCAGUUGCCUCUAUUUGUAAGUUUAUUCUUUCCAUGUUUAUACAUUGGAUGUUCGAAGAGAACAAAAAUAAUGUUUGCUCCCUUUCCAGCGGACGGAGUGAAUUGUGGCGGUUAAAGUAAAAAUCUCUCUAUACUGUGCCAAGAUGUUCGGAAUGAACAUCGUUAAGCUUAAGGUAAUGAAAACCAAAACUUUCAACAGCGGCCAGAGAGCUUUAAGAUCUUUUGGGUUUGCUUGGCCAUGUAGUUGCUAGUGGUUUUUAAGUGUCUGUCCAAGCCUUGAAGUUCCAAUUUACCACUAGCUUAAGCUUUGAAGCAUAUUUUCAAUGAAAAACACUGCACAGAGUCCACUUUUUUUCUGGGGGGGUUUCUGGUGUUUUUUUUGCCAUGUUGAUUCAGGAUGGAUUUCAACUAUUAUGAUUAUUCUUAGCUCUGUGAAAUGAUGAGAUUUAAAAACUUCUUCUGCAGUUUUACACUGCUCUAGAAUUCAGCUCAUUUGUAUAUUUAUGGCUGAUGGUACAAAUGCACAUAAAUUAGAAUAAUAGAAUCAUAGAAUUGUGGAGUUGAAAGGGACCCCAAGGGUAAUCUAGUCCAACCCCCUGCAAUGCAGGAAAUUGAUAGGUGUGUCUCUGUGCAUGUUGAUAAUAGAUCCUUUUUGUCUAUUCUGGGGAACUUUCUAGUAGAAUUAUUAAAGAUGACAAAAAAGAGGGGGAUAGGAGUGCUCAGAAGUAUUAUUUAUUAAAUGUGUUAGUCACCAUAUUGUGAAGCCUCUGGGCAAUUUAGAAUCUCUAGCAACUUACAACUCUGUGGUCCUUAACCCCUUCAUUUAUUAACUAGCAAAGAAAGGCAUUGUUCGGUUCGACUGCAAAAUCUCCCACACCCAUUGCACUUGGUUGGCUCUGUUUCUCCAAGGAGACAUGUGUAGGGAUUUGACAGCAGGUCUGAUCAUCAUCCUAAUCAGCCUGAAGACUCUCCUCAUGUGCAGGCACCAAUAUCUCCACUUUCCCUUACUGGUUUCUAAUUCUUGCUGUUUGAUGCUCAAAAACAGAGAGGGGACCUGUCUGAUUGAUCAUCAUCACGCUGCAAAAGGUGUGAUUGCCUCGACAUGAUGCUCUCAUCAGUCAAAAGUGGGAAGCAAAUGGCUUUGUUUGUUUACUCCCUGCCUAACCAAGAUAACAUGCUCAUCCCUCUCUCAUCAGUUUGUUCUCCAACAACCACUCUCUGCCCUGGUUCUUGUGUAGACAGUUGGAACUUGCUCCUGAAAUUAUUUCCAUCACUCUUUGUGCAAGGAGGUAGAUGCGCCUUUCUUCAUUCAACAGCAGCUGGAGAAUUUGCCCAGUUUUCAGAUUCAGGGAUAAUCACUUAUGAUAAUCAAUGCAUUAGUUUAAAACCAAACAUUUAUUUUCAAUAUUCUCCCCUCCCCCACCAAAAAUAACCCCUUAGCAUAGGGUGAUAUACACAUUACCCCAACUGAUACUGCUGAAAAUGGCAGUCCUUCCACUGUACAGUGUUUUCUUCAGUUUCUCCAUGUCCUGAUGCAGUUGAGAUGCGCCUAUCACCCUAGCAAGAGCCAAUGAUGCAGAGUGAGGGGGAAAGAAACACACACUGUAAUGUUCGUACCGAGGGGAAGAAGGAACUUGACACAUUUUCAGCAGCCGAUGUAUGUUCUUUGUGAUCUGUCGUUCCACAUGAGGUUGGUUAUCACACUUUAUCCUCACACAACAAUCUUGUAGGUUUCGCUGAGGGACAGUGACUUGCCCAAGGCCAAACAGUGGUUUUCAUAGCUAAGCUCUGGACAUUUCCCAACAGUGGUGAAGGAGGAUGGAUGAGUGCCUCACAUACAGAAGGGGGAAGGCAUGUCUGUCCCCUACAAGGAGAUUGCAGCUUCCCAAUGCACACACAUCUCCCAUGGGGUAUAUAGUCAUCUUUCUUCUUCAGACAUGACCCAGAAGUGUGCGAGAAAAAUGGCUAUUUUGAAACAAGGGAAAGUCUGCCAGUUGGUGCAUGCAUCGGGGCAAAAUUAAGUACUGAUGUGAUCUUUUCUCAUUAACAAAACCCAUGGGUCCUGAUGCCACAUGUGUAUGCUCAACAGUUCAACAGGGGAACCAGGAUGUAAGCUCUACCACUGAGCUAUGGUCCUCCCCUCUGCAAAAAUUAUGUUGCAAGGACUCCCACAAAACGCACACUGUAUUUUAUUUUCUUCCCAAGGCAGUCGGCACUGACCAGCUCCUUCCCAGUCUAUUUUGGCUUCCACUCCUGUUCCUGCCACUCUUUCUCUCUCCCAGAGCAUUUGGUGCAUGUACACCAAGCAAUUUGAAAUAUUUCGCUAGCUGGAGUGCCUUGAUUGAAAUGAAACCAUGAAAAGCAUGUUUCUGCUGGGAUGAAGAAGGGCUGCCUUGUUUCCUGGAGAGAUCCGAUAAAUCUUGUGUCACACCAUCUCGGAGCACAAUGAAUUACAGGGAAGGCAUGGAACAAUGACCCAUUGACAGCCACCACACUUCUGAACUUUCUAUGCCUUUUCAGACCCCAGAUACAGGACAAAGAAUGAUGACGCCAACAACUGUCAUUUGCAAGCCAUGGCUUAGCAGACUGGGUAACAGAAAUGAGUUAAAGGAAAGUCUGUGCCUUCUCUUCUACUAACUUUCUGUGUGACCCUGGUCGUGUCACUUUGCUUCAUGUUGCUUUAUUUAUGUACAUGCAAUCUUAAUGCACUGGGAAAGAUUAAUUUAGAAACCAACAAAAACCAAAUGUUUCACAAGGCCCUUUGUUGGGAGAAUAUGUGCCAAGCAAAUAAGCAAAAUAAGUGAUCACAUGGAAUCAAUUAAGAAGGUAUGGAUUACAUGUGUUUAUUGCAAUUAUCCUAAAAGGUGUAUUUUAUUCUCUUACUAUAAAGAACAAUAUGAAAUGGAGAACAUAAAAUGCUAACAUUCUAAAACAGGCAAUAGACAUCUUUUAAUGCUCUUUUAAUUUUUUUGUUUUUAAAUACAAGCUACCACCUUCCCCCAAAUACUGCCAGGAAUAACAAUAUUAUUUUGCUAUAACACUGCCUCAGUUGACAAAAAUACAAACAUACAUCUUGAAAAAUUAAAGGCAUUACUUGAGGAAACCCUUAAAAAUAAAUAAUGCCAAUAUAACAACAAAAAUGGCACUUGUCAAAUUGUGUCAUUUCUGAAUUUAUUUCUAAAAAAGGAAAGUUACUUAAUGCCAACCUAUUCUGUCUUGCCUUUACAUUUUCAAAACAUCACUGAUGUCUCAAUUUCCCCAAAUCUCUUUUCUACCCAUUCUUUCACAAUAAUACAAGAUUGCCUUUCUAAUGUGCCACUUCAGAACAGAGGGUCUGUGCCACUUCAGAAUAGAGGUGAAGUUCAAACAUUCCCCACCUAUAUGUUUCUUAGAGGUAAUAAUGAGGGGCUCACUCCAUCAUUUGCCAUCCCCAUUGUUCCUUAUAGCUCUGACAGAUUCUCCCAGGCAGUUUCUCCUACAUACAUUCCUUGCCUUCAAGUCCAAAGCUUGAUUCACGCAUGCAGCCGGCACUCAACGUAUGAUGGUCUAUCAAGUUAAGAUUUACAUGUGUGGAUGAGACACCGCAAAUUAAACACCAGAGACACAGCUUUUGUUUCACCCAAUGUCGCUUUAAACACAUUUUACUUCAGACAUUCAGCCGAGAUUCAUCAAGUGUUAAGUAAUCAAGUAAUGAAAGAUCAAGCAAUCUACACGCGUAUGUAAAUGAGUUCUUCACCCAAGCCUUUUUUAUACUUUGGCUUACAUUUCCAAAUGGUACAUUUCACAAGAAAUCCAAUGAGAUAGCAUGCCUUUUUUUUAAGCCCUUGGGAUUUAGGAUUGCCUUCUGCAUAUAUUGCAAAGUGGCAAGGAAGAGACUGUGGAGAAUGUGUUAGUUGAAGAAAUCUAUAAUAAUAAUUAUAAUAAUAAUUUAUUAUUUAUACCCCGCCCAUCUGGCUGGGCCUCCCCAGCCACUCUGGGCGGCUUCCAUAGAAACCAAAAAUACACUAAAAUAUCACACGUUAAAAACUUCCCUGAACAGGGCUGCCUUAAGAUGUCUUCUGAAUGUCAGGUAGUUGUUUAUCGCUUUGACAUCUGCUGGAAGGGCGUUCCACAGGGUGGGCGCCACUACCGAGAAGGCCCUCUGCCUGGUUCCCUAUAGCUUUGCUUCUCGCAAUGAGGGAACCGCCAGAAGGCCCUCGGCGCUGGACCUCAGCGUCCAGGCAGAACGAUGGGGGUGGAGACGCUCCUUCAGGUAUACUGGACCGAGGCCGUUUAGGGCUUUAAAGGUCAGCACCAACACUUUGAAUUGUGCUCGGAAACGUACUGGGAGCCAAUGUAGGUCUUUCAAGACCGGUGUUAUAUGGUCUCGGUGGCCGCCCCCAGUCAGCAGUCUAGCUGCCGCAUUCUGGAUUAAUUGUAGUUUCCGAGUCACCUUCAAAGGUAGCCCCACGUAGAGUGCAUUGCAGUAGUCCAAGCGGGAGAUAACCAGAGCAUGCACCACUCUGGCGAGACAGUCCGUAGGCAGAUAGGGUCUCAGCCUACGUACCAGAUGGAGCUGGUAAACAGCUGCCCUGGACACAGAUUUGACCUGUGCCUCCAUGGACAGCUGUGAGUCCAAAAUGACUCCCAGGCUGCGCACCUGGUCCUUCAGGGGCACAGUUACCCCAUUCAGGACCAGGGAAUCCUCCACACCUGCCCGCCUCCUGUCCCCCAAAAACAGUACUUCUGUCUUGUCAGGAUUCAACCUCAAUCUGUUAGCCGCCAUCCAUCCUCCAACCGCCUCCAGACACUCACACAGGACCUUCACUGCCUUCACUGGUUCUGAUUUAAAAGAGAGGCUUUCUUUGCUCUGUAACAGAGCAAAGAAAGCUUAUUCUGGAGUAGAUGAACUCUGCACCCUUUGACCUCUUCCAUCUUGUUUUCAUUUCCAUAUCUCUCUUUUACACCCCCCCCUCUCAGCAUGGUUACCUCUCUCCCCCCCCCCCACCAAAAAGCUAUUAAUCAUGCCAGCUCAGAGCCAAACAUUAGCGAACAGUGAUACGUUUGCCAGAGAUCAGAAAGAUGAGUGAUGCUGAUUUAAAUAAAACGUGAUUGUUGACUUUCGAAACAGCCAUGUUUAGGAUCAGGGGAUUUCUUCCAGCUGAAAUCAGUCAACAUUUGUGAGGUCAGGACGGAGAGCUCUCCACUUCUGGUUCAAAGCCAGUUGUUGGAAAGCAAUAAAAUGGAGAGGAGUGAGAUUAGGUGUGACAUUUUGCACCUUAGAUGAAUAUGCAGCCAGUGAGGAUUUCCCCACCUGUCUAUGUCCUACUCAUACUUUCCACUGUGUCCUUUCUUUGCACUGCUCCUGGCACCCUCCGAGCUCCCCUUCCUGUCAUCUCUAUUUGGCUGCAUUUUCUGAUCCUCGGGGGACUGCUGCUGACACCCUGAGUAGAGGGAGAUACCGCGAGGUGGCAUGUGUGAGCAGUGUGGGGUGAAAAUAUAUUAUCAACUGCUUCACUUGAUGGGGGGGGGCUGUUCCGUUUCUUUUGUUUGGGAGGAAGUCAACCUCAUAUUAUUAUGAUAGCUCCAUCAACGCAAGCAAUUCUGCUGUCAAACAGAGCAAUCUCCUCCCCGUGCUGUUCUGGGGGUUCUCCUGACUGUCCACCCCCCCCCCAGCUGACAGAGGGAGGGAAAGUGGGGGCAGGGAAAGCCCCAUUGUGUUAGCAGGACUCAUUGCACUGGCUUUCACUAGCACAAUUGUCCAGCUGAAUCUGGCAGGCACACACACCCAACACUUGCAUUAACAUUAACACUUCCUUCACCUACAAAAUGAGAGAGCCCAGCUGGAGAAAACACAUCACACAAUGCUCCUGAUCAUAUAUUCCACCCGCCCUGUCUCAACUGAAAAUGCAUAAGCUGGGCCAGCCCUACCAUUAGACAAAGUCACACAGCCAAAAUCAGCAGCCUGGAGUGGCUGUCAUGAAAGGAAAGCAAAUUGUUAGCUAUUUAAUUUACCGUUGUUGCAUUUUUACUCACACAGAGAUGUGCUUGCAUGAUUUUCUGUCUCAGGAGAACCAAAAUAACUUUUCUAACCUUGGUGCUAUGUGCCUUGACUUGUGGUGGGGCGUGCCAUUUUCUGUUCCAUCCCAGGGAGUCAAUUCUCUUGGACUGGCCCUAUGCACAAUCACACCCCCGCCCUCUUAGAAAAGAAUCAAGAUGCCUCAUUCAGCAUAAUCUUGCUUGAAAACUGAGCCAAGCGGUUCCAAGAAGAAUGCUUCCCUAUGCUUGGUGUGGGACAAGUGGAAGGUAGACACGACUUCUGAUUGUUUCCUUCUGCUGCAAUAAAGCCCACAAUUCCUGACUAGAAUGGGAAUAGGUGAUGGAGAUGACUGCAUACUUUCCCUCCUCAGUCCAGGCAGAUUCCAAUGGGCAUGUCAAAAUCCUAGUUGCAUUAUGCUUAUCCUCUGUGCCUCUGGCCAGUGACAUUUUGCUAUGUAGAAAGGAACACUUAAAAGACUGGGACUACUAGCUAUGACAGCUGAAAACAGAACAUCCUUAUACAGAGGCAACAUUUUUCUGAUUUCCAAAUGCUAAACGGGGGAGAAGAAGAGGAAAUGGUCAUGUUUGUUUGUUUGUUUGUUUGUUUGUUUGUUUAUAAGUGUCUAGCCUUCCAUUACAGUGUCCAUGAAUUUCUCUCCAGACAGCUUGCAACAAUUAAAAAUAAUAAAUCUAGUACUGCUAACUUUAAAGAGACAUUUUGAUGUCCUCUUCUGGAGAAAGAAUGCUAGAGGAAUUUGAUGGGCCUUGGUCUAACUGGAGAAGACAUUUCUUGAAAUGUUAAGUCAUUUUUGGAUUCCUUGUGCUGACCUGUGGCUCUCUGAUUACAGUUUACAUAUACUGCCACUUUGUGAAAUAUAUUUUCUAUUAAGUUACAUUGAUCUAUCUGUUUAGGCGGCCCUUGUUUUUGCUGAAUAACAUCUCAGAGGAUAUGUGUAGACCUUCCAAGGCACCCUAUUGGCUUGGGGCAGAUGACUGUGUAUUGUGUGGCCAAAAUGACAUUACAGCAGGGUAGGACUCUUUGACGCUGGGCUCCUCUCAUAUUUAUUGUAUGUUGGAAAACAUUUAAAGAGCUAUUUCUCUUUGAGGUAGUAAAUAUCUGACUGGGUGCUAGCAUUAUGGACUGGGAGCAUAAAUGCACAAUAAAAAAUUAUUUCAUGCAAAAUAAAUUGCACAUUGAAAAGGGUCAUAUGAGGGAGAAAGGAUUUCCCCCAGACAUGCUAGAUUUCUGUGUCCAGAAUAUUUUUUUAAAUAAAACAAUAAUAAGUUAAUAAUACUUAUGGAUUUUAUGAAUUUUUACAAAGGCUGAACUGCAUGCUUCACUUCAACUUGCCCUCUUCACCCCUAUCCUUCCCCAGCCCGUUUUAGUUGAAACUUUCUUAUGUAAGUCAACACAAGAGAAGAAUGGGGCGGGGGACAUAAAGGAGUGAGAAAGGGGAAAGAGGGAAAGAAGAAAAGAAGGGAUUUUGUUGUAUUAUGCCAUGCAGUAACAUUCAGUUGUGUGAGUCCUCACUUGAAGUAGUACAGUUCAGGCACAUUAAGGGUCAAGCCAGAAAUGUGAAGGGACGCUGAGCAACAGGAGGAAGGAGAAGUAUAAAUUUAGUGACUCUGUUUUAAAAAUGCCCAUAGCAAACCUAUAAGCUGUCGCUGUAAUGGGUGAGCUGAAAAAAAUGCUUAAAGCAAGUGCAGAGUAACAUAUAGAUGUACGAAGUGUGUCCUAAACAGAAGAUCCAAUCUGCAGGUAUUUUUGGUGCGGCUAUUCGGUUUCCUAAGCAGUAACCUUACGCACACUUAACUAGGAAGAAAGCUCAACUGAAAUCAGUGGAAUGAAUUUAGAAACAAGCGUGUUUAGGAACAGGGAGCUAACAUGGCUAUUGGCAGAACCAGUAUCUGAAUGAUCUUAAAUGAAACUAGAUGUGAUGACCCCCACAAAAGGGCACCAAGCCAUUGGGAUUUAAUUGUGCUUUUUCUCAUUGAAAUAAAUGAAACCCACAGAGCUUUAAUGAGAAAUCAAUGGGGCAUGGGUUAGUCUUGAUUAAUAUGUGACCCAUUGAUUUUUAUGGGAUUUGAGCAGAACAAAUCUCCUCUCAACUGAGGCCUAUUUGUUCUCUGUGGGCCAUGGCUGAAUUGAAGUAGACUUAACCUGCAAUGUGACGAGAGUUUGUAAUUGAGGACCGGACUACCUCCCGAGAUCUGAGAGAGGGAAAUAUUGAUCAGGGUAUGUUGCAGAUCAUUGGAGCAGUUUUGUUUAGGAGCUGCAGCAGAACGUAACUGGAUUAGACCACAGGCCUAUCUAGCCUAGCCUCCUACUUUGCAGCCUGUUUACUUUGCUAGUCCGUAGCAGGUACUUCUAGGUUCCAGUCUGGCCUGGGUGGGCAUUGCAAUGCUUGAGGCAAAUUCUUCAGGUGUGAUACCCUCUUCAAAGAACUGAAAGAAAUGUGAUGACACUGUAGGACUUUGCUAGGGAGAAAGUAGACACUAAGGUAGGUAACAUUAGGUACAAUGUGGGUACACUGGGAGCCAGUGUAGAUCCUUUAGGACCGUUGUUACAUGAUCCUGGCAGCUACUUCCAGUCACCAGUCUAGCUGCCGCAUUCUGCAUUAGUUGUCGUUUCCGAGUCACCAUCAAAGGUAGCCCCACAUAGAUCGCAUUGCAGUAGACCAAGUGGGAGAUAACCAGAGCAUGUACCACUCUGGUGAGACAGUGCUUCGGCAGGUAGGGUCUCAGCCGGUGUACCAGGUGGAGCUGGUAGACAGCCAUCCUGGGCACAGCUCAGGAGGGGUGAGGGACUUAGGUGGGCUCGGUCAGGAAAGCUUACGAUCUGCCAAAUCCAAACUGUCAUCCUGAUGGAUCUUGGGUUUGGAUUGCACUGUCAAUUUAUGCAGGACAUAAAAUAACUUUAUAUAUAUAUAAUAUCCCAGUUCUUCAGAUGAGGAAUUUCAUGCUGUUGCUAACCUGGGAAGUGGAAUAAGGAUCUCUCUUUAACCUUCUGUCUGUAUCUCUCCCCCACCAUUUUUUAUUUGCUAAAACAGCUUGGAAUUCAGUCACUGUUCUGAUUUUAAUUCACUUGCAAACUGAAAUGAAUAAACUGGGAAUUUAUCAAGCUUAUACCACAAUAAACUUUAUGUCCCUAGCUGCAUAUCAUGUUUCCAAACAAGACUUCUUGUGAGAGGGUAAUCUCUGGAGGAGAUCUUACUGUCUGAGCAGGCUAGAUUGAAGCAAUAAGGUUAAGCACAUUUUAAAAGAUAUAUCCUAUUAAGGCUGAAACCAUAUGCCCACUUCCAUGGGAGUAAGCAUCGCUGCUCUCACUGAGACGUAUUUCUGAAUAAAUAUGCACAGGAAUGGGCAUAAUUUCUCCCUUUAUUUUGACAGUUCCUGAAACCUCAAUUUCUCCCACUUCAGACAAAGCAUGUUCUACCACAUUGCUCUGAAGGAUUAUUACUAUAAAAUGUUAUUAUGGUAAUAAUGCCUCCCAUUAUGCUAGUGUGAUCUGAAAAUGCCCCACUCAAUUGCCAUUUUCUCUUUCGGAGAAUUCUCGUUCUAAGAAGACUAAGAUCAGAGCUCCUUGAUUCUCUCGUUUCAUUUAAUUACGAGCGAGACUUUUAAUUUGACGCAGAUGGGAAGGGAAUGCCUCUUCGAGCUGCCAUUACUUGGAUUGCAUUGGUUCAGCGAUAAACUUCAAAAAGCUGCAAAGGAAAACAAAAUGCCGCAAGAGAAAGUCUAAUCUCUGCCUUUACAAUAAUAGAUUGAAACGGCAAGGAACACUGAGAGAUAACAAAUGGAAAACAUUUCCCUUUAGCGCCAAUACCACACAAUGAUAAGCUUUGGUUGAGAAGCAAAGGGAGGUAAAAUACAGUUACUCUGUCUUGUAAAGGAAACAGGAGUAGGAUUCUGGGGUCAGGAGGGUUUGCAGCUGUCACUGCAGAGUGUGAUAAAUGAGCCAAAGAGAUAGAGUGAAAUUAAGGGUGUGCCCAUGCCAGGUAUUUCCCCCAAGUUUCAUUUCAGUAUUUCCCCUCAUUGUCCUGGAAAAGUGGAGUGGCGGAAGCCAGUCUCUUGACCUUCUUUGAGUGGUAUGGACAUUCACUUUUAGGAGCGCCAACCGACAGGCACCUAUCAGUCUGUUUACCAGGGACUGAGCAUUUAGCAUAGCAGCCCCUGCCCUGUGGAACUCCAUUUAUUGACAUGUUGGAGGUUUUUAAGCAGGGGUUGGAUGGCCAUCUGUCACAGAUGCUUUAGCUGAGGUUCCUGCAUUGCUGGGGGUUGGACUAGAUGACACUCAGAACCCCUUCCAACUCUACAAUUCUGUGACUCAAAGAUUUUAUGUUACAGGUGCUUUUACCAACAUUGUCAUUUUUCUCUGUUGCACUCCCCAAUCCUAUUAUUUCCUAUGAACAUGCAGCUUUUGUAAACAUAUAAACACAUGAAAUGAUUGGUGUGAUCAUGUUAAUGCUUAUUCUCAGCCCCCUCUGCCACUCCCCUUCAAUCUCUAGUACAGUUAGGGUCAAUAAUUCUGGCCUACCUUACAAUGUGUCCCAGUUGAAGCAAUGGUACAGUUCUCUCCGCACAGAGUUCCUCCAUGGAGCUGCACUGAAGAAAUCAUAAGGCGCUGCUUCCAGGUGGGGAGUUGUGAGAAAGAUCUCUACCAGGAAGAUCCAUGUGGCAGUAUUAUCUUUCUGGAUCAGGUACUACUGCCCCCCAUGAGGCCAUCUCCAAGAGACACUCCAUGCAGAAAGGUUUUAGAGCACUGGUCUUCAACUGGUGGGUCGAGACCCCUAGUGGGUCAUGGCCUGAUCCUAUGCAAAUAUAUGGUUGGUGGCAUCUGUUUAUCUCAAGAGUCAAUGGAGUGUGCUUCUGGGGGUGAAGUCGAACUGCUGGAGAAUCACAGUGCCUGCUGUAGCUGCAGAAACUCGUAACUGCUGCCUCCUGCAUUGUUUUUGCUGUGUUAGCAACAUCUUUGUGACCUCCCCAGGGCACAAGCCUGGAGAGUGUGUAUGGAGGUCCUGGGCUGCCUGGACAACAGGGCCUCCCUCUCAGCCUACUGGUAUAAUCCAAAGGAGAGCAGAGCAAUCAGCUUAACUGAAGGAGCUGCUGGAAGGAGGUGCACAACACACCAUCCAACCACCUUAGGGACUCCACUCUGGAUUUUCCCCUUAGCUUUUUCUUCUAAAAAGGAUGUCCUUCAAAGCAGUAGGUACAGAUUUUUCCUCAGGAUUUGCUCCCAAAGCCUUUCUCAUGAAUGAGUACAGCUCCAAGGCAGCGGAGGUUUAAAUUCGGAAUUGACAAGCCCCAUCUGCCCCCCCCCAUUUCCCUCGACAGUAUGUGCAAACCACCUUCUUGACCACUAGACCCAAUAUCAGCCUUGUCCUCUCAAUCCGCCAGAGCCUGUCUUCGCAUGCAAGGGAAGGCCCUGACUCACUGAGGGUUCGAGGGUAGCCACCCUCCCCUGGUUUAAGUAGCCAGUCAAAGCCAUGGGAUGUGGCCGCUGUUGCUUCUAGGAUUAAGAACUGGGUUUGCAAAUGCAUGUUUAAGUUAAGAGUGGGUCCUGGGUCUUGAAAAGGUUUGAGUGUACUAGUUUAGAGCAUCUAAACCUGGUUGAUGAUAAUAUGGGUGAUGUAUUUUGAGAAUUUAGGAAAAGGACUGUAUACGGUGCUUUUUUUCCUAGACAAAAAGCUGCCAGAACACACCUCCCUCAGAAGACCCACCCCAGAGCCCAAAGAGAAUCUCUUCAGGCUGAGGGUCAGGUCUCCUUGCCAGCCAGAAGCUUGUUGAGGCUGUUCCGCUGAGGUGAGGUGAGCCUUCUGCAGCUUAACAAGCCUCACGUGAGCCAGACCAGCUGGUGACUUACUCAGCUGAGGCGCCGCUUUCCCAUGCAUCUGUUAUUUUCUGGGGGGCUGAAGAGCCUCAGCAAAGCUCCGAUGCACCUCCGGCUUGUGAGGAGACCCUCUCCAGAGCCCAUAGAGAACAUCGCCUUUGGGUACUCCUUGUGACCCGGAGGCACAACAGGGCUUUGCUGAAGCUGGUCAGGUCUCUUCCUCCACUUCUGGGGCCCAGCUGAGAGGUGCUGUUCCGGCACGUUCCAGCUGGAAAAAAGCCCUGUCCAUAUACAUAAUAACUGUCAUUGUCUUCCUCAGGAGACAGGCAGAUGGAGUGGCAUGGCAUGCACAUCUUUUCUUGAGAUGGAAAAGGUGUGUUUCAAGAGAGAUGGAAACACAGAGAAGAAUUUGCUUGCCUUCCAGAUCCCUCUCCAUCAUCGCUUUCCACUCUGUGAGAGCGACAAAGCAUCAGACUGCCUCCAUGUGCCAAGGAACUACAGUAUCUAGCUCCCACAGUCUCACCAAACAUUUGUUGAUCCAGAGAGAAAUAAAAUGUGUGUAAAAUGCAGGACCAUGGGAAGAAAUUGAUGAUACAAGGAAACCAUACUAUUAGUAACAUGGGACAAAGGCUAUAUAUAUGGGGUCGCUCAAAGCAGGCCCCAGAGGAAAUAGAGCUGCUCCCAAUUUGCAAUGCAGCAAAGAUGUGCACACAGGAAACCUUUUGCCCAACUUGGCUGUGGAAGUCAGAGAAUCCACAGCUGCCUGCCAAAUACCCAUUCCCCUCCAAGUUGUCUGUUUUCUCCCCCUGCUGGCCUUUCUUUGGUUGUGCUGCGUUUCCGUUAACGAUGAAGGGCUUUUGUCAGAUGGUUUCAAUUAGAUCCAUAAGGAUUUCACUAAGAGAAACGGUCCAGUUUUUUGUGUGUUUUUUGGUAGAUUCACACUUCAUGAAUUCCUUGGCAGGCUUGCCUUAUGUAACACUGAUGUUGCUUUGGAUUGCGACAUUGCGUCACUGGGCCUGAAAUGCGUUGGGGACACACUAUCUUACUCUCCAACGCUUCACGGGUGAAACUGAGGACACAUAUCCUUGUCACAACUUAAGUGUGGGGUUUGCUGCAAGGUACCCUGCAAAUAUCGGCUUUAAGGGCAGGGCUGAAACAUCAGUGACAAUAACAUCUGCAGUCACAUUAAAAAUAACUAUCUUAACCCACAUCUCUGCUACACAUUGCCAAAAGUUCUUCUGAGCCUAUUGUAUUGAGAAUUGUAGUCCAAACAUCUGGAGGGUCACAGGUUCCUCGCCGCUGAUGUGAAGGAUUGCAGUAUAAGGAAAUUAAGGAACAAUAUCCUCUCUGUGGACCCAUGGGUUUAAACUGUUCGGCUGCCUAAUGUGGCCAUGCUGGCUAUGGAUUUCAGACAAGCAGAUUAACUAUCUUUUGAAACAAUGUACAAACAGGAAAGUAACCAUCCAGAUUUCUCUCUCUCUCAGCUCUGAUAGGUUCCUCUUUAUCUUCAACAAAUGUGGUAUGGACUGUAUCCAAUAUUCCUUUUAGCUUAAAAGGCAGUUGCCAAAAGAACCCGCUAGGAAUUCCACCACCAAUACAUUUCUGCCACACAUACAAAUUUUAUUGACAAUAAGGAAUAUAGAUUGAAAAAAAUCUAUAUGGGCUGAUAGCACUAAACAUACGCACAAAAUGCUCAACAGGGAGAGGUCAAAUCAUGAAUCGGAAGAAAGGGAGAACAGGAAAAGGAACCACAAGACAUAGUUUGAUGGAGCUUCCUUGAGUGUUGGAGACUUCCUCUUGGCUAUCUGAAGUGUUUGGCACCAGCUGUCCAGUGGAAGGGAGUUCUAUCUGAUCUAGUCCAACCCCUGUGGUACCUCGACAGAACUAUCAGGCCCUUCCAAUCCUUGGGAAGCUGUCUCUCGAUCCUCCAUCCCCUCCACCAAGGUGAUGUAGAACUUGCUCUCAGUCUUUUCAGACACGUCCUCCUGACGUUAGCCACAGGAAUAAGGUGCACAAUAAAGCCCUCUCCACGUUGCAAAGGUAUCUUAUUCAGGGGCCAGUUUCAGAAAUGACUUUUUUCCAGCACCCUGCACUAUGAAGGGAGAAUCCUCCAUUCAGGAGCGCAUCAGAAAUAGUUACUAUCAAAGCUAGAAAAUAAAUUACUGCACUGAGGAGACAGUGGGCAUGGAAAAAGGAGGAGCAGAAUGUGGCAAUUGAUCCACCCAUCCCAAAACACUGAAACAAAUUGCGUGUGAACCUGAGUGAAACAUUUGGAGCCUGAUUUCCUCCCACUUAUUGAAUUAUUCCCAUACUAGAUAAAGCCACAUUUUUCAGGGGGAAGCAUCAACUGAUUGACUGGAGCUCCCUGUCUAUAAUAUAUUUACAGGCACACGCAUUCCCUUUGCACGUAGGGUGCGCACAAAAAAGUAUGCAUAGUUCCUUUAUCAUUCACAUAAUGAUGGUGGUUAUUUCAGGGGUCAUAAUGUGCAUUCAAGAAACUAAUGAUAUUUCUUUUGCCUGCUUCAAAAUGGCUGAGUAGCCACUCUGUGUUCUUUCAUUCUACAAACUUUUUUUCCUUUUUUAGUCGUUGCUGAACUGCAGUCAUUGGCACAGGUGAAACAAAAGGUUUGGGAUUUCUCCUAUCUGACCAACACUAUUGUCUGCAAACUCUUGAUGAAGGGCUCCCUCUGUUGGGAAACUGGAGCAAACUAAAUAUGAGCUCUUUUUGUUCAUUGCGUUGUACUUCCAGGUUGAUAACAUUAGUAAAAUCACUAGACUGGCCAGUCUGUAGUUACAUAAUUCAUCAUUCUCUUUGGUGGUUGGGACAACAAUAUGCCCAGCAAGUAUAUUACACAUGAAGGAUAGCAAAGCUAUGGAUAUUUAGGUUUAGAUUUCGAUUUAGAUUGGCUGUGUGUGUGUGUGUGUGUGUGUGUGUGUGUGUGUGUACACACUAUACAUUUAAAACACCCCCAAAGGAAUCCUGGGAACUGUAGUUUGUUAAGAAUGCUGGGAACUGUAACUCUGGGAGGACAAACUACAGUUCCCAGGAUACUUUAGUGUGGAAAUGUGCUUGUAAUGCUCUCUACAUGUAUGGUGUAUGUGGUGUAUACACAGCCGAAAUCCUUUGCCCUAGACUAACCAACAGGCAAGUCUCCACAUGAUGGCAGCAGAGUGUUGAAUGAGUCAUCCUAUCCAGCCAUAUGUUACAGACACAGCUACAUGCUGUUUCAUUUGAAUCCUCUUUGGGACCACAGAACCUAUUGUCACACCUGGAUGAUGUUCCAAAAAUGACCAUAGGAAUCAGGGCUCACGCCUCCUCCAACAAGUCCUGAUCUUGCAACCUAAGGGAUAUUACGUGAGGAUUCAUUCUGUGGCACAACCCAGCUGUGACUUAAGAGAGGAAGACUGCACAGAGAUCUGCCCGACACACAAGGAAGCUGGAGAUUUCCCAUGUAAUCUCUGUGGCUGCCGACACUGGUAUGAAGAUGUUAUGCUCGUUUGGUAAGUGGGUUACAAUUAUUCCAUCUGCCUAAAACUGUUCUUACUGGGCUGAAUGCUGUUUGUGACUAGUGUUCUUGCUUUGCAUCCGUUGCAUUUUUAGGAUGUUUUGUGGUUUUAAAUUGAUAUCUAUUUGAUUCUGUAAAUCUGUAUGUUAAAUCACAAAAUUUUAAAACAAAUGGAUCAAAAAUUGAAAGUCAUCAAUAAUAAAAAGAGAUUAAAGCGGAAAAAGUUACUAGCUACAAAAACGUAUACUGUCCAACUUGCCCAAACAUACGUAUAUAAUUUUUGGUUCUUUGCAGAAAGAGGGAAAGAAAGGAACCACUUUGUGUUCCAAUAUACAAAGGCUUUCCUGCCUUGGAUAGUCAUGGCAACCAGGAAAUGAGUAAACCUCUUCCCUUUCAUUUAGAACACAAAUCUAGAAACAGAGUAUCGCCCAGACAAAUAUUUAUUUUGUAUUUUCUUCCAUAUUGUACUUUUCUCCAUUUAAGAUGCAUGCGUUUUCUUUUAACCCCACCCCACUGAUUUUGGAACCAUGAUAUAGCAGUGAGUGCUUGUACAGAGAAUUAUAGAAUCGUGGAGUUAGAAGGGACCGUGAGGUUCAUCUAGUUCAACCCCCUGCAAUGCAGGAAUCUUUAAGAGGGGGGAGGAACUAUUAUAAAAAUUAUAAUAGUUAUAAAAUUAUAAAAAAGAAACUGUUCCUAAAUUAUGUAGAAUGUACAGACAAAAAUAUUUGCGAUAGCCAGCUCUGCUUCAGAAGUUUCUAGGUGUUUUAGUAUGCUGAAAUAACUCCUACAUGCCACAAGAGGGCUAUGUAUAUAUUGGUCUAGUUUUCAGACUGUUAUUUCUGCAGUAAGUUCUACACGCAAAAAAACCCACAUAAAUAUAAAAAAUAUAAAAUAAUACAUUUCUUACCCACCUUUCACCACCAGUUCCCAGCACAGGAUACAAUAAUUAAAAAUUUAGAAUUAAAAGCGGUUACAACAGAUUUCAGUCACUGGAACAGGGUGGAUCUUGAAAACACACAAUAGACCAGGGUAAAAAGUGCAUCUUUAGCAAUCGCCAAAAACUGUAUAGUGGACCCAGCACCCAGACCUCUGAAAGAGGUAGAACUUCCCUCUUUGUUGCCCUUAGCACCUCAGUGGAUCUAUAGGGAAGGAGACAGUCUUUCAGAUAUUUGGGGCUGAAGUAAUUGAGGGGUUUAAACACCAGUGUGAGUACCUUAUAUUGGGCCCAGAAACAAACUGGCAGCCAAUGCAGCUGUUUUAGAACAGAGGUUAUAGGAGGCAACCCAAGCCAAUAAUUUGGCUGCUGCAUUUGGACUGGUUGAAAUUUCUGAGUCGUUUUCAGUGGCAGUCUCACACAGAGCUCAUUGCAACAAUCCAAUCUGGAAUCUGCCACAACAUCAUCUCCAUCUAAAAGUUUGCUGCAGCUGGCAAACCAGUCAAAGAUGGCAUUAGCCAGCGAGGCCACUUGGGCCUCAGGCAACAACACUGGAUCCAUGAGUACCCCCAGGCUACAGAACUGCUCCUUCUAAAGGAGGGCAACCCCACCCAGAAGAGGCUGCCUUCCCACCUCCUGGAUUUGAGAACUUGGAACACAGAAGACCUGUCUUUUCAGGAUUCAGCUUGAAUGUGUUUGCCCACAUCCAGUCCAUCAGGGCCUGCAAACACCUGCCCAGCACUCACACGUUUGUUGUAAACAGCUUUGUUUGCUUUUAUAAAGAAAGGAUAUGUCAUUAAAGUAAAUAAUUAAAUAAUCAGGACCAACCAGAAGCACCUGGUGAUGACAGGAAAUUACCAUCAAUAUUGUUGGUGGGCUUAAAGUGUCAUCUUUUGAGAAACAGCAACUGUUUGGGCUGAGCAAAAAAAACCCCAAACCCUUCAGUCUUGUUUCGAUUGCCAGCUACUUGGAAUGUAGCUGGAAUGCAAAGGCUUUUCUGCAAGUCACACCCACCUUGCAAAAGCAGAUUGGAGACCUUAAAAAUAUGUGCAUCGUUCUGGCUCAGUUGGUAAAUGUGAGGCUCAAGGCAGCAGUCAGGGUUGUCUUUACAGCUGCAAUAGACAUUCUCAUACUCUCUUCUUCCAAAGAAACUGACCCUAAAUACCAUAUGGCUAUGGGAGGGGCUGCAAUGAAGCAGGCGAACACAUCUUUUGUAUUGUCAACAGAAGGCAUCAUUUGAAAUGAUCAGGAAACAGGUGAUGGGCAAAGCUUCUGUCUGGUCCCUUGGAGAGCUGCUAACAGCCAGAGAGGACAGUCCUGGGUUAGAUGGCCUGAGCUGAUAUGAAGAAGCUUCUAAGCAGCACUGUUUUUCUAGAAAAAGAGAUGCCGGAACUCACCAUGAAUGCCUCCCUUCUUCUCUUAUAAUGACAAUAGUGACCACCUGAGAGGUGCCAGAACUAAGUUCUGGCGAGUUCCGGGUGGAAAAAGCCCUGCUUCUAAGUGAUUCUGUGAAAGGGAAUUGGAGGUACCUCUACAAUUAGAGAAGGAUCAUAUGCAGGUCCACACUAUUCCCAUUUUCUUCACUGGAUCCGGGGCGUUAAAAUAAAGCUGCCUGAAGUAAACCCUACACAAAUCCAGAGUGGAGUACCUAAGAUGCUUGGAUGGAGUCUUGUAUGCCUCCUUCCAGCAACUCCUGCAGCCAAGCUGGUGCCAAAUGUAUUGCUGUGCUUUCCUUUGGACCACAUCAGUGGGGCCAAGAGGGGGCUUUUGUUGUCUGGGCAGCCCAGGACCUCCAUAGAGACUGCCCAGGCCUGUGUCCAGGAGUUUCAUUUUAAGCCUCUUCUCAUGCCCUUCUGUCACUUACUGCUUUGCCCACAAUUUCUGCACUUAAUCAUGCCUGUGCUCAUUUUUUUUCUCAGCUUAUAAAGUCCCUGGUUCCUGCUACUAGACACCCCCACCCUUCCCACCAUAUAGAUUGUAAAUAAAUGUGGGCAAAGGGUCUCUGCCAGCCGGGCUCAGGAACUUUACUCCUUGCACUGCCAUGGCAGAAUUGGCAGAAGCCUUUCCCCCAUAAUAUAUGCUGUGUUGGAACUGCUUUUGAAGACAAUUUGGACAUCAGCUGACUCAAAAUGCAGGAGCCAGAAUUUUAACAGGUGCUGCCUGCUAAGACCACGUAAAAGAACCACAUGGUCUGUCUGCUAGUUUCUGGGCUCAGAAGUGCUGUUUUUGACCUUUAAACCCCUACAUGGUUUUGUUAAUCCAAAUAAAUAACUCCGCCCACAUACAGUGCAGUGGUACCUGGUUUUACAGACACUUCAUGUUACAGACUCUGCUAACCCAGAAAUAUUACCUUGGGUUAAGAAAUUUGCUUCAGGAUGAAAACAGAAAUCGUGUGGCGGCAGUGAGAGGCCCCAUUAGCUAAAGUGGUACCUCAGGUUAAGAACGCACCUCAGGAAUGAAUUAAGUUCUUAACCUGAGGUGCCACUGUAUUCCACAUACAACCCUUGGCACCCUGUUAGUAGUAUAGUGGGUGGCAGUUACAAGGUGUAGUGCCUUCUGGGUAGAGGCACUCCUGUUUGGAACCUGCUAAUAAGGCAAAUUCAUCUAUGGUCCUUUAGGAAGUAAGUAAAAAAAAGUUAUCGUUUUAGCAAGACGUUGGAUUUAAGAUGGAGUACCAAUAUUUUUAAUCCUUGUCGUAUUGGUUUUUUGAGUCUUGUGGUGGAUUUUAUCUUUAUUUAUUUCAGUGUUUGUAUGAACACUUUCUUUUUGUUUUUUAACUGAAUGUGCGAACCACUCAGAACUAUGGUUAUAGCGUGGUAUAUAAAUGUAAUAACUGAAGUAAUGACUGUAGAAACAUAUUUUUUUUUAAAACUAUGUAAAAAAGUGAGACCAAUGAAAGGGCGUGUGUGUCAUACCAGUUUCCUUGGAGUGUGAUUUGCCUGUUGCUUUGGAAAUAAGCUCCAACUUCUGGAUGACACAACUUCUGUUGUGACACAGAGGCACAUGAACAUUAACACAAGGUACUUGCUCUGUGCUAAUAACAGAUGUCACUACUUUUGGUAGGAUUUGUCUUUUUAUGAACAGGAUUGGUUUAAAGAAGGUGCUGUUUAUUUCAGCAUUGUUACAUCGUUAAGUAGAAAGAGAUUUUGUUGUGCUGAAGGACUCUAAUGGACAUGCCUUAGUCGUAUCCCCCCCCCCCCGGGGAAUGUGCAGCACACUUUUAAAGUUCCCAGUUAGCUGCCUGGUGGGGUGUGAAUGGGUGUCUUUUCUGGGACAGAUCCAUACAAUUGGCUCAGGCAAAGGAAUUCCCAAAUUGUUGAGUGUUAGAUUUAAACUUAACUGCGGGAGGCAGUGGAAGACAGGAGUGCCUGGUCCAUAGGGUCACGAAGAGUCGGACACGACUAAACGACUAAACAACAAGAUUUAAAUUUAGUUUUGGUCAUUCUAGAAAUGUGCAAAAUAUUAAGAAAACUGGAUGACACGAGGUUAAAAAAAAUGGAUCACUUGAUAUGGAAUGACCCGUUGGUAACAGAAGCGGACUUAAGAAUCGCCUGAGCUAAAUAUUCCGAAGCGAGCGCGGGCGUGGCGGGGCUUUAGCAAGAGGAGGUGCACGUGUGUAUGAGAGAUUUCUUUCAUGGGCAGAGCGGUUACUCAGCAGACCUGUCAUUUGUUCCACCCGAAAAUGUUUGCAUCGUGAAACCCGACGCUGUUGUUGCUGCAGCUGCCGCCAAGUGGGAGGGCCCAGGAGGAGGAGGAAGGAGGAGAAAGUUCAGCUCCUCCUCCUCUUCUGGGCUCUUCAGUUAUUUUCUUGCUUCUCGGAAGAGUCAAGCGAGCAGAGCACGGCUGAGAAAGCAAGAGGAGGACACGCAGCGCUUGGGCGUUCCCUGGACCUUCCUUGACAGCCUUCCUGGGGGCUUACCUGCCAGGUGAGAGGGUUGCACCAGGGGAGGCCGCAGCUGCGCCUUCGUGCCCGGCUGCUGCGGGCGCUGGCGGGCAUCGGGCGCGUCUCUGCUGGAAACGGAGCCCCGGGCGAGGCGGGCCUUGCUCCGCCUGAAGCCAGCAAGGCGGGGGACUCCCUGCCACACACCUAUAGCAGGUUGGGAAGCGGCCCCUCUUAAUUCAAGGGGGCCUGAAUCUCAGGGAAGCUGGUGCCCUUCCUCUCUUAGGUCGCCCCGACCUAAACUGGGUUUGGGGGAAGGGUUGCCCUCCCUUCUCAAGCGCAAACAUGGCUUGCAAGUCUUCCUUCUCUGCCCGCCAAGGGCGGAGGUGCUGGGUUGGGUCGAGGAAGAGCGGGAGCCUCGAGCUGCUGCUCCUUGUUGGGUCGAACAGCCUGGCUCGGUGCGGGCCUUACUCUGCAACAGGGCGGGGUGACUUUUCCAACUUACAGCUUUCAAAACUUGAGGGGUGCUCAAAAGUUGUAACGUGACUUGGGAAUUCAAAGGAUUUAAUAGGAUGUUUGGUGGGUAACACCAGUGUAAAAUCGCAUCGAAAUCGUUAAAAAGGAUGGCCAAGUGCUAGUAGUUGUGUAAUAUAUCAAUAUUUAUUAUUUAGUGUUACCUGAUGUUUUCAGAAGGUAGAAUUAAAAUGGUUUUCCGAAAGCAAGUUCAUGUGCUUCUUCAUCAGACGUAGACUAACCAAGCUAAAUGUUGUCCAAACACAAAAAUAACAGCAGAUUUGAAUUCCUCAGACAUAUUUUCAAGACCCCUCGCAGAAGAAAAUGGCAAAAAAUAAGCUUCACUCCCUAAAAUGGCAUGCUCUACUCAUGUAAGCUUUUCUGCUUCACAGCAUAGAAUAAUAGAAUCAUGGAGUUGGGACUAUGAGGGUCAUCUAGUCCUACCCCCUGCAAUGCAGGAAUCUCAACUGACAUGACAUAUUGUCAUCCAACUUCUGCUUAAAAACCUCCAAGGAAGGAGAGCCCACCAUUAUUAUUAUUAUUAUUAUUAUUAUUAUUAUUAUUCCUAUUCCUUAAAUGUAUACUCGAUGUCUUCUCUUAAUGAAUUCUUAACAACAGCUGCCUUUACUUGUUUUAUUUUUUUAAAAAACCAACCAGGCCAAUUUUAGAUUAGAAGCUCCCUGGGGCAGGGACUUUUCUUUCUGAUCUUGUGUGUUGUUGCCUUGUAAAGUGCAAUAAUUUCUACUGGGCCCUUAUAAUAGCUGCAUUUAUGUUGUUUAUUUCUGGCCUUUAAAGUGCUUCAAGUACAUGAUUUCAGUAAUCCUGUAAUUAACACCUGCAUUUUUUUGCCCCCUGUAUCCUGGCCCAUCACAGCAGCCCUCAAGUGCAGGACAGAAGUUAUUUACUUAUUUAUUCUGUUAUUUAUUUAUACUUCUUCCAUCCUCCAAAGCAACAUACAUGGUUCAUCUCUUUCCUCCAUCGUAUCUUAACAACAAACCUGUGAGGCAAAUGAAUGACAUGCUCAAAACUUCCUUGCAAGUUCCAUGCCUGAAUGGAGAUUUGAAUCUGAGUCUCUCCAGUCCUAGAAUGAAACUUUAAUUGCUUCUCUGCACCACUUGUACAUAGGGAUAGGCCUGCUCUUGUCAGACUAGGUACAUCCCGUGGGCUUAAGGUUAAGGUCGAAGACCUCGAGAACAAAUACCUGCAAGCAGAUGGGCAGUGCUUGGUGAAAUCUCAAACCUGAGAUGUGAGGAGGAAUUCGGUGCCCUACAUAACAUCUUCCCUAUGACUAACGGAGGCAGACCAAAUUAUGUUAGAUAAGCAGCUCUAUGAAAAUUUGCUUAUUUGUACAUAAUAUAUACAGGGUGUGGAACCAUGAGUUGUCUCAGUAGAGAUCUUUUUUAAUUUUACAUGAAGUUGUACACCUUGCCUUCUGUGGAUUGUAAAAUGCUUUGCACAGUUGGAACGCUAUAAUAUUUUUUAUGAAGUGCGCUAGGUACCACACAAUAAUUUCUAGACAUGCGUGAUGCAGAUUUUUAAGGCCUAGCUUAUUUCUGUAAUUUUAAGUUGCUUAAGACUGAAUUCCAUAUUAUGUUGUCAUUGUUACCUGCCCCGAAACCUUAGGGUGAAGGAUGAGUAAUAAAUUGUUUUAGUAGUAGUAAUUAAUAAUAAUAAAUACUAGAAAUGCGUAGUGAUAUGUGUGGAUUUGUGGUCUGCGAUACUUUCCCUUGUUUCCCAAAUGUGGCAGUGUUGUUUUCUUUCCCUUCCUGUGUCUGAACUGACAACAAAGAAUGUUCUGUCUCUUUAUCUUCUAUAGUUGUUCCUAAUAACAUUGCUGUUUCUGGGAUCCUGUUUCUGGUUGUUUGUUGCAGAGGAUUCUGGUUUAGGGGCUCCUGCACAGGAUUAUUUUGCUCCCAGGAUUAUUUUGGGAUGUGUGUCUUGUUGGUAGACCUGCCUGAAAGCUACUGUAGUGACUGAAAUGCUAUGUUGCUGGUCUAGCAUAUCCCAUAAUGCUAUUGUAAUAUGCUAGUGCAUAGGGGUGGGGUGCUUAACCCUCCUCCCUGCCAAUGACUCCAAGCAGCUUUCAGUUCAUUUCCCCCCAGGUGGGCUCUUAAACUGGAGCAAGGCCAGUUGAGAUCAGCCUUCAAAGAACAUUUGUAGGGGAGAACUGGCAGCAGGUACAAGAGAGAUUAGUCUCUCAUUUCAGCCUGCUGACCCCUCUGCUCCGCAAGUCCCAUCCCCAGCCCCCAAUUCCUGGUCGGGAAUGGGGUUAGGAAUGUUCUUAUGCCAAAAUCAUAUGUAGCUCUGCCCAGAGCGUAAGAUGUGGGAAUCCCCUGGUUCAAAUUACCAGUACACAUCGCGGAGAAACACAUUUGUAAGCCACGGUCUUUUGAGUUUUUCACUUCCCCAUCUGCAAUGUAGGGGAUAAUUAUGCCGGCUCACUUUGUAGAUCUCUCAAGUCUAGAGCGAUGGGAUGGAUAUCUGCAAUGACUGUUCAUUCUCAUUUAGAUUUCAGCCUGCGCAAAUCAACAGGAUUGGCAGAACCAGCCAGUAUAACAUCAGAUCCUCUUUUCCCCGCACACUGUUUUAAUUUUUUAUGUACUGCCACCCAACCCUUUUGAGCUGUGGUGUGAACUUGCCGUGGCAAUGGGUGGCCAUUUGUGUCUCCCCUGAUCAAGUGGGCAUAAAGUGAGGCAAUUGUUACCACAGAAUUUGCGUGCUGGCAACUGAACCCUGUUCCCCCCACCCUGCCUUACCUUGCCAUACUCCGUUGCUACGGGUGCUUCUAUCUAGCGAUUAAAAAUGGGAUUAAAAAUGAAGAAUGUACGGGGGGAGAGACAGGGUUCAGCUGCCUUCGCCCAUGCGCAACAUUUGUGGUAAGAGUUGUCACCUUCUCCACUCAGGUGUUAUGCGUGAACUGGGCAUAGAGGCCAUGAAGUGCGUCUGGCCCCUUCAUGUCCGGUUUAGAUCUUGGUUUCAGCAUGUGGAUGUCUGGAAAAAGGAAUCGGUGUGGCCUCAGUUUGGGCCUUGGAGCUUUCAGUCAGUUCCUUGCUCAGUUUCGGACAAAUUCCAAUCUCUUGGCUUCCAUCCCUCAGCUGCUGGGCAGGGGAAUGCAAAUGCAGAACAGGGUGGUAACGAGGCCAAACUAAAAAUAGGAAUGUACAUUUUGUAGUAUUGAAUAGCCAAUAGGUUGUAUUAAUUAUGACCACUAACUUUGUAUAAAAAUAUAUGCAGAAACAUAACACUGCUCUAGCAAAACAGGCCAGAGAAUGAAAUUUUUUGGAGGGGAGGGUUUCAUGCAGUGGUGGUUGCUAGCUAUCCCGUAUUAUCCUGAACCUAUCUUGCCUCAUAGGGUGAUUGUGAGAGAGAAGAAGCAGCCCAAGGUUGUUUGGGGAUUUUUAUGGACCCAAAAUCCACAUACACACAAAUUAAUAAACACUGGCUCCAGUCUAGCAGGAGGUUGAACUGCAAACAACCCAUUGAAAUGACUGUGCUCAUGCAAGUCGACCUGUACAAGAAAACCUCUCGAGUUGCACCUAGGGUAAAUGCAUUAAAUUCUGUGCAUCAAAUCAAUGAUCAGGCAGGGAAUUUUUUGAUUGUGAAUUCAAGCACACUGGACAGGUUUUAUUGUUGUAGGCCUCCGAACUUCAGGAAGAGGGAUGUGGGAAGAAAACUUCAUUAACCAAGGGCUGCUUUGUUUCAUUGCCCUUUCUUUCUCAUUAACUCCCACAUGUUUCUUUGUGCAUUACAGCUUUAAGUGCUCAGUAGCAGUUUCUGCUUUCCUUCUAGAAUAAUUGACUUGUGACAUCACUGCUGGCUGUCAUGGAAACCAUAACAGCCCAGCACAGUGUGUGGCAACCUUCCCCGACUGGGUGCCCUGCAUUUUUAUGGGAUCACAUCUCCCAUCAAGCCCAGCCAGGAACUCCACUGCUGAUGGGAGCUCUUCUCAUGAACUUUCUUACCACCCCAGUUCAAGAAGGAUGUAAAUACAAUGGCUGGGAUUUGGAGGAGCACGAGGGAGGUAUGGAAGAGGUUUGUUAAAGUAAUGGGGAAAGUCUUCAGGUGUUGAAGAUCAGUGUAGUUGGCCAACUGGCGAUCCUUGGGCUGGAACAAGCUUUUGAAAUAAUUGUCCCUGGAAGCUCUGACAAAAUCAAGAUGUGGCAGAAAGUUUGCCUGUGCUUUUGGUUUGUAAGAAAAUGGUUCCCAAAAGAGCGAAUCCAACGCUUUAGGUUAAAUCCGGAUUGUAAAUCUAAUUCUGUAGAGUUUUGAAGCCCUUAAGAUGGCACCAACUUCCUUGCCAUCUGUGAAGAAAGGUCAGUUUGUAUAGCAAAAUAUACUCUGGCUCCCAAGUUACUAUAGUUCAGACCCUGAAAACAUAGAUUUGCCAUUCCAGGGAUACAGUUAAAUUAAUGGUUUUCAAAUUUCAUACCUUCUGGAAACCUUUUUGGAUGGAUCCAUCUACUGAGGAACCUUCCUCUAUAGAGAAAAUUCUGGAAAGCAUUAGAGGGGCACUCUGGAUUGGUUAAUACAUAAUGGCCAAACUAUGAUUUGGUGACUGAGACUUUGCUUGUGCUUAUAGUUUGCUUGAUUUGAACCCAGUGGCAAUCUAAGGAAGUAAGAGAGAGAAUUAAUGUGAUCUGGCAGCAUGGUAUGCAUGAUCAUGUGCAAUUCCAAUCUUUCGAAACCAAGUUGAGAGAGAGCUGCUACUCUAAAUAUAGCAUUUGCCUACAAAAAGAUUAGCCUUAAGGUACCAGUGUGGUUUUAAAAGGAAAGUAGUAAUAGAAGCUUGCAUUUUUAGCUGUAUCAUAGUAUAUUCUAUAUCUUAAAUAGUAAGCUUAGUUCCCUGAGUGUCAGUCCUUAUGUAGAUGGAAAUGAAAAGGGGAAGGCAGCAGAAUUAAGAAACCCCUCCUCCCUGGGCUUUUUUUAGCUGGAAAUCACCGGAACUCAGUGCUGACACCUCUCAGGUGGGCGCCAUUGCCAUUCUUAGAGAACGAGGGAGGCGUUCAUGGUGAGUUUCCAGCACCUCUUUUUCUAUAAGAAUAGCACUGGGAACACCAGUAUUUACAGUAGUACUUUAAAAACCUUGAGCAAAAAAAUGGAGGUGGGCGGGAACUCGAAACGGAUUAAUUCUCAUUGACCGCAUGAUGCUGACUGAUAGGGAAGAAAAGGAAAAUGGGUGGGAAGCUGGGAGUGGUAUGGAAUAUCCUUGAAACUAGCAUGGCUGGGGCGAGCAGUCUGCACUGCAUCAUAUAUAGGGAGCCACCAGGACUAGUUGCCAUUGACACCCUUAUCCUCUGUGACUUUGUCACGUUAAAAUGCAGGCUUUGCUCUCACAGAAGGCAGCGAUGGCCAUGAACAAGGAGCAGGGGUGGUUGCCCCAGGUGCAAAAUUUCAGCACCUGGUGCUUCCUCUGUACUGCUGCAUGCUUCUGUUGCUGGGCUCCGUUGAAAACGGCUUCUCCAUACGAAGCAGGAAGUGAGCUCUCCAGACAACGGAAUGACUCUUAUCUUUGCGGCAGCAAUCUUCUGGGUGACAGGGACGCUGUUAGGCAGUUGAAUGCACAUACGUACUCCGUCCAUUUCCCUCCCUCCCACCCACCCCUGCCCCUCUGCACAGCCCCAGACACUGGCUACCCAUGCUAUGCCACUGCUAGAUGGGCAUUGAGCUGAUCCAGCAGGUUAAGCCCCUUUAGCUGUGUAAGGUGGUAGCCAUCACAACAUCUUCUGGUAACUAAUUUCUUAAGUUCUGCAUCCUACAUAUUGAAAAAGUCUCAUCCUGCCCCAGUGGAGGCUAGUCCAUUGCACCACCCUCAGCCAGCCUUCACCUGCCUGCUGUUGUACUUUCAUCAGAUCCAGGGCUGACUCUGGCUCUAUCCACUUCUUGUCUCCCUUGGCUUCUGCCCUACUGGUUCCAUGGAGCACCACUCCACCCCCUGACCCAAAUGUAUAUUUAUAUUGGUGGACAUGGCAUGAAAUCCUACAAUCAUCUGUACGAAAACUAAACAGGGAAACUCUGCAGUAUAGAAACAGUGGCUUUAUUAAUGCUGCUAGGUAAAAAAAACAAACCCAAAACCCCAUGGUUGUAAAAACUGUAGGCCUCUAUUUACACUGCAGGCUUUGAGGGAAAGACCUUAUUUAUCCUUCAGCAAGCGAGUUCUCACAUAUAAAUUGAGAAACUUUGUGCUUUUUUGGGGUAUAUAAAUAUGCCUCAGCUGUCCAAUUUAAAGAAGUCCAUUCAGCCGUGUAUUUGCCAGAGUCCAGUGAUUCACCCUUUAAUUGUUUUCUGAUGUAAAUUUAUAAAUCCCACUCAUGACCUACUUUCCUUUUGGGGAGAAGUAUUCUCUUUUAUUAUUUAUUUUAAAAGAUUAAAUGAAACUGCUAAAGUAAUGAAAAAUUAAUCUGGUGCCUUUAAAAAAAACACAACAACACCAGCAUGUUAACUGUUACAAUACUUUUUAAAAACGGGUCAAAGUAGUUAUGUUGACUCACAGGAAAAAAUUCAUAUUGGGCCAGUACCUUCAUUAAAACAACCAGUUAAGUCACAUCAUUCAUUAUUAUGCAAGCUUUUGAGCUAAGCACCACUAGAUGACUAGAUGGUACAAAAUAAUGCAAGGCGAUGGGAUGAGGAACAGGAUUUUAUUUUAUUUUAUUGGCUGGUGUUCAAGUCACCCACAUCUGGAUCUAACAAUAGUCUUAUGAUGGAGUGUGGCAAUAGGAGCCCAGAAAACUUUCAAAAAAACAGCAAGCAUAAUAUAAUCUGCCUUGCUAUUGAAUACUGUGGGAGGGUCUACUACCUUGUAAGCUUUAGAUAUUUCAUUGGGAAGGGUAUAAUUUAAAAAGCAUUUGGGGGAUGAUCAUCUUGCCCUUGGUACACUGGUCACUAUUAAAUCCAAUAGGAAUAUGCAGUGGCAAAUGGUUCCGGGUAAUUCUUUGUUACUGUUUAUAUAGUUGAAUAUAUUUUGGUGCGCUAAUACUUAUUAGUGAGGCCCAUAGCAUUCUUCUGUAGUUAUGAGGAAGUUUUACUUUGAGGAAGACUCCUUGGGUUUCCCCCAGAGUUUCAAAAGACUAUUUUCCCUUUGGAUAUUUAAGAUGCCUCAGAACAUUUCAGUUCCUCACAGCAUGCAAGUCUCCGUUCUCUCUUCAAUUGAUCAAAGUACUUCAGCCAAAUUAUGGCACACGUUGGGUUUGGUUAUAUAUACAGUGUCUCAGCAUGUGGAAUGGCUGUAGGGAUGUGGCUCCCUUGGUGAUAUUUUUGUCCACAUCUCUAAUCUUUCAGCGCAGGAAAAUGAAUUGAUGAGAUGGAAAUGGAUUAAAACUUCCAAAUGCUACAGGACAUUGAGAAGUCUGAGACAUAUCUGAUCAGACAAGGUUUCGUCUGGGUUUCCUGUGAAUUAAGAGUAGAAUUGCAGAAGGUGGUGCUCUAUUCCAGUGAAAUGCUAAAAUGUGCAACACUUUAAUUAAAAAAACCGCCCUGCAACUUCUAGAUUAGUAAUUCACGGGCAACACUUCAGAAUAUCAUUUGCAAUCUAGCAACAACUUUCUGGUGAUAGCUAUGAGGUUUCAGUCUGACAAAGAGUUCUUAAACCAUUGAAACAAUACAUGUAGAACUCCAAACCAUUUCUUGAUUCAGUCAGUUUGUAAAAGCCACAUAAACCGGAGUGUUCAUUUACAGAUGUUUCACCCGUUUUCUUUUGUCCAUGAUUGACAGCAACUUGCAGGAAGAGCGCGAGUGUCUCUCAUAUGAAAACCUCUCUGUGUUAGCUGGACUGGGUCUGUUUAAAUAGUUGCAUCUUGGAAAGGUCAAAUGCACCCAAAGGAAAUGCUGAUAAAAAGAAUUGCUGCCUUAUCACUCAUAACAGUCAUGUCAUAAAGCAGAGUUCGAGGCUGCAGGAGACAAUGCUUCCUUAGAUUAGUCAGGAGUUGACAAACUAAUAUAUAAUAUGUUACAAAGGCGUCUCAUGUGACUUUUAAGGUUUCUGUGUGAUACAGUUGGAUCUUUCUCAAGCUUAAAGGCAGGGCUUUUUUUCAGCCAGGACUCUUCAGAACUCAGUUCUGGCACCUUUCAGGUGGGCACCAUUGCCAUGAUAAGAGAACAAGAGGUGUUCAUGUUGAGUUCCAGCACCUCUUUUUCCCUAGAAAAAUAGCUCUACUUUUAAUGUGUGGCCAUCUUCAUGUGCAUCAUUGUUAGGCGCUAACAUUUGUAGCUCAAGAACAGGAUAUGAUGGAUUAGAAAAUUUGUGGUGUGAUGGAUUAGAAAAUUUGCUGGCUGCCUGGAAAAACCCACUGUUUUCAAAUGGAGAACAUGAAAGAGGCAGGUUCAACUUCAUUCAGAAACUAAGCGAAGGCACUUCAGUUUUAUGUCGCAUGCCACUGAACUUGGUGGAGUUCUUUCAAUUUAAACUUCACUUUUGUGACCUAGGCCCACAUUUACAGCUGCAAUGUCAAAAUAUUACAUUAGGCUGUGCUAUGGAUGGCUUUUGAUAGGGUGACCCCACAUGUUGGGUUUCUUCCUUGUUCAGCUGGCAAUGUGGGUGGCUCCUAUCCAAAGUUGCUUGCCUGGCUCUGCAACUCCUAAAUAUAAUUUUCCCCUUUGGGUGGGCCUAAAUAUUUCUCAGUUGACAGCUGAAUGCAGAGUCGGCUGGCUGGUUGCAGGGGCUUGUCUUGUUUGAAACUACGUGGAAAAGGAGGAAAGCUGUAGAGUGUGUAUGAACAGACCACGCCAAAUGCAACAUGUUCUAAUAGUUCUUCCUAUAUUUGGGUAGCUUGUCCUCCUGCUCUGUGUAUUUGUACUUGCCCUUUGUCAAUAUUGUGUCAUCAGCACUUAUAUUUUUAAGGGAGCAAGCAGAACACAUGCUGUAGGGAUUGCUUUAAAAUAAUGGCAGUAGGAGCUGAGAGGAAAUUUCUGUAGGAAAACCACUAUCUAUUUUUCAGGUUUGUUUCAUGUAUUGCAAAAUCUAAUCAGUUUCCAGGUUAGCUUAAAAGCACACCAGUGAUUGACUAAAAGUAGGUCCAAUUAAGUGGACAGCAUUUUUUUUUUUUUUUUACAGAAUUGUAAGGCAGGAAAAGCACAUUCCAUCUGCAAGUUAUCGUAACAAACAUUUCCCUCUUCUCUCUUUGCUUUCAGAGGAUGUUUGAGUUACUGCCAUGCUGAGAAGUUGAUGGGUUUUUUUUAAAAAAAAGUCCCCCCCCACCCAAUAUUCUUUGCAAAUUGAUAUUGUCUGCCUUUGUAAUACCUUUGUAAUGUAAGUUGUUUACUCUUUCCAAAUUCUGCUGCUGCUGGUGUAAGGCUGCUAGCUGGGAUUGCAAAAUACCACCAGAGUCCCAUCUGAUACUGUUUUCCGGAGUUGGUUCCGGGGGCCCUUUGGUGAGUUUGGGGUUGUUUGUUUAAGAUACUUUGAUAACAUAUUACCCAAUGCAGGUACGGUACGAGAGAGAGAGAGAGAGAGAGAGGGCGCACUCCGCAGCCUGUGCAUGCUUGCAAACCAGGAAACAACAUGAUGUAACCUCCUUCCUUGUCGUUCAGAAUUUCACUUGAGCCUGUACAUGGAAGGCUGUGGGAUUUGCACGAGGAGGAAAGAGGAUACUAGUCAGGUUCAGCAUACUGGUGGAUCUAACUCAAGAUUGUUGUAGUACUUAAGUGUUUCUGUUUUGGUGCACUGGCUGGAUUGAUAACAGCCAUCUGUCUCCUAAACUUGUGUCUCCCCACACCCAUCAUGCUGCUUUUAGUCUGUUCAGAUGUCAUUUUCAGCCUAGGGUAUGUGUUGAUUUGAUUAUGAUGAAGCUCUCCCUUUUCAGUCUGUUUUUCUUUUGAAGAGGCACGCCAUCACUUAUUACCAGUGUUAGAAAUUAGCGAGGCACGUUUUGCUACUGGCACAGGUCCAAUUGCGACCACAUGGAGAUCUCUGGAUGCCAGGUUGGCGACUGACAUCUCCAUCUCGCUGGGCCCUCCAGCUUCCUUAAGCAGGUAAGCAGAAGAGCUCAUUUAUUGUAUUUGUAUCCCACCUUUUUCUCCAAGGGGUAAAUGGUCCCCCCCCCUCAGUUAAUCCCUACAGUUACCCUGUGAGCUAGGUUAAGAAGCUAUGACUGGUCAAAGGUCAUCCAGUGAGCUUCAUAACUGAAUGGGGGUUUGAACCCUGAACUCCCUAAUCCUAGUCCAACACCCUAACAGCUACACCCCACUGGCUUCCAAUAGUUCUUCUGCUAUGGUGCAGCUCUGUAGAUUGAGUAGCUAAAUAAAUACAGGGAAAGCAAAAUGUCACUUAGAGAAGGAUCUGAAAUAUUUUCCUUGAGGCUUAGAUUUGUUUUAUUUGGUGUUUUAAUGUGUUGUGAAUCGCUCUGAGAUUUUUUCCCUUUAAAAUAUAAAGCGGUAUAAAAGUGAAUUAUUAUAAUAAUAAUAAUAACAACAAAUUCAAAGGAGGGGGGGAGGGAGAAGGCACCUACACAUUCCGUUGUGGCGACCGUAACCUGGGUUUAAGGUGCCAUUUGGCGAUUAGCUCAUAUCUGAGUUUCUAACACUGCUUAUUGCAUCCUGCACCUGGUGGGAGCGUACUUGCAGUUGAGGCAGGUGACAGGGUGCAGGUGCGCAACAUGUUUGCCUCUUUUACGACAGCCGGAAUGGACUAUGGAGUGGACUUUGUUCGCGACCUCAGUUUGAAUGGGGAAUCCAGGCAACACAGGAUUCCAUCGCAUCCCAGGGAUCUCCACGGUGUUCCCCGUAUUGUUCUUGUUGCGCAGUUGCGGUAAUAACAGUGACGGCGAACACGUAGCAAGCCAUUUGUAGGAUUUACUCAGGCUGCAGAUAAGAACAGCUCUGCUGCAGGGUUGAUGGCGACUGGGAGAUAACCAGGAACUUGCAAAUUGUAGGGCUCUCACCACAGAGCGAAGUCUGAGUCAUUUAAAAAUUUCAUGGUACAUCAAAUAAGGAAGGAGGAAGGGCCUGGUUUUAAAAGGGGUUGGAAAAAGGGGUUGGUAGGGAAGGGCAUUGUGCAAAUAUUACGGGGAUUAUAGGGACACUCUAAACACUUGGUGGUACCAGAAAAUUGGGUAGGAGCAGUGCCCCAGCUGCACUCAAAGGUCCGAGUGUAGAAGCAAGUGUUCCUCUCUACAAACUGUGAGAGCCAGGGCUUUUAAAAAAAAAUUUAAAAGCCACAGUUUCAAGGUGUCAGGUUCCCUGGUUUGCAUUUACGGAUAGCUUUGCUGAUAAGCCCACAACUGCUGCUAGCAACAGAGUUGACUAGUCUGUCAGCACUUAUGCCUAGAUGAGCUGUGUGUGCUGUGCAUAUUUCCUUGGCUUGUCUCCUGGAACCAGUUCUUACUUGUUACCGGCAAGUGGCUAUUUAUGCACCUGACUGAAUGAACAACUGCCAUUCCUUCCUUUCCAUUCUCCACUUUUAGUUAGUUAGUUAGUUUAAUCUAAGUCAGGUAUAGGCAAAUUCCCCCCUCCAGAUGUUUGGGACUACAAUUCCCAUCAUCCCUAGCUAACAGGACCAGUGGUCAGGGAUGAUGGGAAUUGUAGUCCCAAACAUCUGGAGGGCCAGAGUUUGCCUAUGCCUGUUCUAAGUCAUUUCCCCCUUGCAACAGUUUAUUAUAACUUUAAAAAUCAAAACGAAUUAAAAUGGGAAGAACCUCCGAAUGGUUUUUAGAAUGUCACAGCAUAAGAACUUUGGUUUUAAACCGUGCUCAUAGACUUGGAAGAGUUGGAGGGGACCCCCAAGGGUCAUCUAGUCCCACCCACCUCCUGCGAUGCAGGAAUCGAACUUGCAACUUUCUGAGGAGCAAAAUCACAACUAAGAGCUUUAAAGGCAACAGUUAUUGUGGCGUAAGUUUUAGUAGGCCAGAGCUCACCUGAUCAAGUGAGUCGCUCUUUCAGAUGCAGGAUGCCGUUGGGGGGGGGGGGCGUUGAAAGGCCAUGGAAUCUAAGAUACAGCAGAAUGAGUCUGUUACCGUAAGGCUUUUAUCCCUAAGGAGCUUUCAGAUUGUUAAGUAGGAAACUUGAGAAAUCUAGAAGCAAAACCAAAGCAAUUUCAGUUCCUGGUGUUUUAAUGGUGGGAAUCCGGCUGUUAAUUACAGGCCUGCGCAACUACUGACUAGCCAAGCCUCACGCAGCCCACCGUCCGUGCAUCAUGACCUGCCAGAGGCCUCAGUGCUCUCCUCUUUUUAAAGUUCUGCCCUGGCAGCAAGAACAGAAGGUUUGUCAAGCCACUUGGUGGGCCAUCAUCCAUGGUCAGUCAGUAGGGUGUGUUGAGCUUAAUUGUGCCUCGAGUUGUGCUGGCCGGUAGUAGUAACAAGUUGUAUCUAGCAUCCUCAGUUUGUGUUGCAGUGGCUCACUCCUCUGUUUCGUUCAGUCUUGGGGAAACUGGUGAAGGAAGAGGAAAAUUGAGUGGUUCAGCUCCCCAUUUCUCUUAACUCCCUCUAACUUGCUAUGGGUGGAAACUUCCCUUGGAAACUGCAUGAGGCUUAAAAAUUCCAGGACAACAUCCUGUUGUUGAGGACUGGCUAUUUUCCUCCUGCUUUUGUUCCCAAUGUUUCCUCUCACACUGAUAGUAGACAGCAAAUUAUCUGGUGGUCAGUUUACAUAGAUCUGUGUGGCUUUGCCCCCCACCAAAUCAAAUUCAACCCGCUGGCUCUGCAUGGCAGUCCAGUGAGGACUCAGUGAAGCCGCAUGGUUUUCCUACCUUCCUAGAACUGCAAAAAUGGGGAGGGGGGUGUUAAGUACCUGGCAGGCCUUAAUAGGUUGCUAGUGGGCUACAUUUGGCUUGACUGGUCAGUCACAAUGGAUUCUGGAUUGAUGUUAUUGAAUCUGUGAUCUGUUGAAUUAUGCUGGAGGAGGAGGGAGGAGGCUAUUUUUUUCCCUUUUGGUCUGUGCUGCGUGCAAUGUGCUAUAAGAGAUUAGGGCACGGGUAGGCAAACUAAGGCCCGGGGGCCAGAUCCAGCCCAAUUGCCUUCUAAUCCGGCCCGCAGACGGUCUGGGAAUCAGCAUGUUUUUACAGAAGUAGAAUGUCUCCUUUUAUUUAAAAUGCAUCUCUGGGUUAUUUGUGGGGCAUAGGAAUUCGUUCAUUUCCCCCAAAAAAGUAUAGUCCGGUCCCCCACAAGGUCUGAGGGACAGUGGACCGGCCCCCUGCUGAAAAAGUUUGCUGACCCCUGGAUUAGGGCAAUCCUUUUCAGUAUUAACCAUGGUUGGUGCCAGUGCAUUUGUAACAGUGCACCUUGGUUAAAUAAAACCAUGCAGUUCAGAUGAGAGGGUCCGAGAUGUUUUCCGCUUAUAGAAUCAUAGAAUGCUAGAGUUGGAAGGGACCCUGAGGAUCAUCUAGUUCAACCCCCUGCAAUGCAGGAAUAUGCAGCUGUCCCAUGUGGGGAUCAAACCUGCAAUCUUCACAUUAUCAGCCAUCUGAGCUAUUCAGGCUUAUCUUGUGCUUCCUGGGCAUGAGUCCAAGCAGUUUUGCCUUUGCCCCACAGUCCCCCCCCCCAAAAAUACCCCACUCUUCAGCAGUGAAUUGGAGCAAACAUCAGUCCAGAGAAAAUUGAUGUUGGCUCUGAUUUAGCAGUAAAGAUAUCCCUGGGGGCAAGCAGCCGAAGUGUGAAUGAGCCCUUAGUUCUGUAACGCCUAUGUAAAACUAUUCUAGUCAUGGGCAGGGGCAUUGCUGGAUAUCAUAGUUUCAGAAAGUGCUGUGUGAAACAGCCAUUUUAAUUCCAUUCCUAGUUAAUUGCGCAAAAAAAAAAAAGCAAUUCUAAAGGAAUUUCAAACCUUGGAAAAGACCAUGUGGUGCACCUCCCCAGCACUGCCAUUUCCCUCUAAAUCUCUUUCAUCUUCCAUCUGUGUGUAAAAUAGGAAUAACAUAAGUGUUUUACCAGUUUCACUAGUUCAUAACGCCUCCGAGAUUAUCCAUGUGCAGCUUCUGGUUAGCACAGUUCUAACUGGAAUGUGGUCCUACAGUAUCGCCGUAGUUCCUGCAGGUAACGCAGGGUGGGAAAGUUGGCAUAGCAACGCGCUUUGGCUUCAGACGGACGAAAUGAAUUCCAACCUCGGGGAGGCAGCUAAAUCAACAAGCUUCUCUGCCGGCCGACUUGUCUUGCCUCCCAGCACAGUUCUUCGCUUGUGCCCCUUGUUCCCUCUUUACUUGCUGGCAUUUGGUGGCUGGUAGGAAUGAAUGAGCCUAUUAUGGCUGUAUUUUUUUUUAAAAGAGUUUUGCAGUUCUAGAGGCAGAGGGAUCUGAGUAUAACUUCAAAAACUUGCUCUCCUGGAUUUGUUCGUAAUGGGGCAGAUGUUUGUGUGCCACAUCUGGAGAAGGCUCCCCUCUUUUUACUGGUUGUUACUAACAAGUAAUACUAGGUUCCAUUGAUGUAUUUUCAGUUAGCUACGUUUCACGCCAAAGCAAUGUGUUUGAGUUCUUGUAAGCUCUCAUUUGAAAACCUUUGAAAAGUAGAAGUUAUAAAUGUAGCUUGAAAUAAAGGAAGUGGCUUUAUGUUUUUACUAGGGAGAAAGAACUGCUUGUGCACAGGAGAGCUUGUCUAACAGCCUGAUUCUGGGGGAACCACCCUGGGAGUAUUAUUAAUUAAUUAAUUUUAUAAUGAAUGAUUUUAGAGUGUUGUUUAUGCUGUACUUUUAUACUGUUUUAUUGUUGUUAGCCGCCCUGAGCCCAGCUUCGGCUGGGGAGGGCGGGAUAUAAAUAAAAUUUAUUAUUAUUAUUAUUAUUAUUAUUAUUAUUAUUAAGUGGGGGGGCAGGGAAGCUGAAGACAAAGCAGGACCUGCUUUAGAAAUUUAAUCUGCAACAUGCAUAUUUAAAGCAUUUUAUAUGUGCAGAUAAGGAAAAAUUGUGCUUGCAGCAUACACAUGCAGCAUAUCAUUUGCGUUUGAUUGGCUGCUGGUUCCCCCCACUUUGUGAACAUGAUGUUUGAGCACUGUGUGAACAUGCAUUGCAGGGGGUUAGACUAGAUGACCUUUGGUGUCCCUUCCAAUUCUACAGUUCUCUGAUUCUGAGAUUAAUAAGUACACAUCUGCAGCUGUGUCAUUAAAAAGGCGCACCAGUUUCCAACCCGAGGAUGAAAAACCACUAAAGUGUCCUUAUUUUACCUGUGAUUGCAAUCAUAUGAAAAAGUCCUGUAGCUACAGUGCUUUGCUGUUUCCUAAAUCUAGAUCUCAUACAGUUUUGGAUGGCAGGAUCUCCUGAGAUUGCCAGGAUCAUGAGGUUACAAUUUAUCUCAGUGAUAGUGGCAUCAAAACUAUAAAAAUGCACAACACGAUGUAAUGAGAAAUUGUUGCGUAGUGGCUAGAAUUUGACAAAAAGGCCCUUCAUUUGGCCACAAAUCCUACUUUGAGCCACUUGCCAUCUCUCAGUGUAACCUACCACAAAGAACGUUUUUGAGGAUAAUGGGUGAGGAUGGGCAGAGCUUUGUGGAAGAAAGGCAAAACGAAGCUAAAUUUGAUGGUAAAAUCCCAAAAGUUCAAAACAAUCCCAUCUGCUUUAGUUUUAAGCUGCUGUGUGUUGCGUAUAUAAGAAUGUACGGAGAGCCUGCAGGAUCAGGCCAGUGGCUCAUAUAGGCCAGCAUCCUGUUCUCAAAGUGGCAAACCAUAUGCCUUUUUGGAAACAGCAAGCAGGAUCUGAGCACAACUGCCUUCUUUCCAACGACUGGUAUUCAGAAUAUAGAAUCAUAGAACUGUAGAGUUGGAAGAGACCAUGGGAGUCAUCUAGUCCAGCCCUCUGCAGUACAGGAAUAUUUUGCCCAAUGUGGGGCUUGAACCUAUGACCCUAAGAUUAAGAGCCUCUUGCUCUACCAACUGAUAUAAAUAAAAUAUGUAAUUAACACUUUGCAUUGUAUUAAAUCAUUGUUGUUCUUCUUCUUGCAGUCCUGCAGAAUGAGUUAUCCCGGGUAUCCUCCUGCUGGUGGUUAUCCACCUGCUGCUCCAGGUAAGCUUACUGUAUUUCAUGUAUGAAUCAUAGUAACCUGCCGGGAAUUGGAUAAUAGAAGGGUGCAGAAGGGAUCUCCGGUUUGUAGAGCUCAAGAGGCCUGGGAGAGCUGUUGCCAGUCAGAGUAGACAGAACUGUGGCUGAUAGACCACUGGUCUGACUCUUGUAUGCAGCAGCUGCAUAUAGCUUCCUAUGAAGAUAUAGUUUACAUUCCCUGCUGUUGUCACCUGUUCUCUCUUACAUUGUUAGAAGGAAGGAAGAGACCGUUCCUCUUGCCAUGUACUUUGCUCUAGUGUCUGUUAUUUAUACGCUGCAUGUUUUGCAAACAGAUGAUUAUCUAUUUGACGGCCGUUCAUUAGCCUUUGAAAUGCACACACGGUUUUAACGUAGCUUUCAGAGAACCUGCUGCUUUAUGUUGCAACAUCUGUUGGUCCAGGGAUGGAGAACAGAGCAAAGUGGAACUGUAUCAAAGCUUGCCUGCUUUUGCCAGUAGCCAUUGCAGUGAAAAUUCUGCAAUAGAAAUCCAUAUGCUAACAAAUAGAUAUACAACUGUUCUGUAGCUCUUGUGUAUUUUUAUUUUUUAAUGUUUCAGGUGGCAACCCCUGGGGGGCUCCCAGCUAUCCUCCUGCAAAUCCUCCUCCAAUUGGGCUAGAAAAUGUUGGAAGCUAUGCCAACCAGUUUAAUCCAGACUAUAUGUCAGGCAUGGUGAGUAAUUUCAGUUGGAAUUUGGUAGAUCUUCCUGUUUCCGCUAAAGCCAGCUGUGAAAUUCUGCUGCCUGAAUUUUUGUCUUCUUUUAAUAUAUUUAGAUCCUGCUUUUCAAGGAAGGGCCUCAUAGUGGUUUACAGCAGUUAUAAAGUUACAUUCAACUUCUCUUCCUCUUGUCUUCUUUCCAUAUCUGUCCUUUAUUUCAUCAGUGGUAAAAGCUGUAACAGACAGAUUAUGUUCGCAACAGUAUUCUCUGAAGCUCCUCCUGGCGGUUGCGGCAACAAUACUGUUAGCACAUUUGCGAAGCUAAGCAGGGUCCGAUAUGGUUUCAAACUGGAUGAGGGACCAUGAGUUCAGAUUAUUGCAUUUCAGGGAUUGGUCUAGAUGGCCCUCGGGGUUCCUCCAAAUUUAUGAUUCUACAGUUCUGUGAAGCACAGUGUGUAACAGGGUGCUCUACAUCCCCAAUUCUGUUUAACAUGGCAAAUGAGAUAUUUGCAUAAGCCCAUAUCUCAAGCAGGCAAAUGAUACAGAAUGGUUAAACUCUGUUUAUAUGCCAAUAAAAACCCCAUAUUAUCGAGGAGGAAAUGGAUACUUUGCAUGUGCAAAGUAUUGGACAUUAGCAUACGCUUACAUAGAUGAAAUGCAGAACAUAAAAUAUAAAGGUAGAAAAUAUAAAAUAAAAAUUUCUAUGCCAUGGUUCAGUGUUGUACGAACGAACCUACCUUCCCUAUCAUAAGCUUUUUCUAAUUAACUGCAGUGUAGCUUGUUGUUCAAAUUAUAAACUGUGGUUUUUACUGUAGGUAGAGAAAACAAGACAGAUUUGUAAACUACGGUGUGAAGUUACCUUGUUUCCACUAAGCAUAGUUAACCCACAGUUUGGGUUACCAUGGUAACAUGGCAAACUGUGGUUAAUCAAAACCAGAAACGAAAGAUUCCAAAUUCAUCUCUGCCACUGUGCUGGUGGAGGAGCAGGGAGUACACAAGCUCAUUAGUAGUCUAGACUCUGGGACCUAGGGAACUCUUCUAGCCUGUUCAAAAAGAUGACCCUGUUAAUAGUUUGGAUUGAUGUGGAGCAUCACACAGACAAUAAUAAUUAUAAUAAUAAUUUAUUAUUUAUACCCCGCCCAUCUGGCUGGGUUUCCCCAGCCACUCUGGAUAGCUUCCAACCGAAUAUUAAAAACAAUACAGCGUCAUGUAUUAAAAACUUCCCUAAACAGGGCCGCCUUCAGUUGUCUUUUAAAAGUAAAAUAGUUGUUUAUUGCCUUGACAUCUUCUGGGAGGGCAUUCCACAGGGCAGGCGCCACUACCGAGAAGGCCCUCUGCCUGGUUCCCUGUAACGUCACUUCUCACAGCGAGGGAGGGAACCGCCAGAAGGCCCUCCACGCUGGACCUCAGCGUCCGGGCUGGAUGGUGGGGUGGAGACGCUCCUUCAGACAAGAGUAGCACAAUGGACAAGUAGCUGGGCGGUCUUGCCAAGAAGUCCCAAGCUCAAACCUAGUGAACCCCAGAGGUCUUAGGCAACCUCCUAUCUUGUGGCUUCCUAUCUAUAAUAAUACUGGCCUAUUUAGAUGGCGGUUGUAAAGAUAGUGCUCUCAACCCUCAGGGUGUUACAGAAAUGUUACGUGCUAUUUGACACACACGUGCUAACUUUGUGCAUUUGAUUGUUCAGGCUUCCAACAUGUCGGGAACGUUUGGUGGCGCCAAUGUGCCGCAGAGCAUGUACCCUCCAGUCCCUGGUGGCUACCCCCCGGUUCCUCCAGGAGGCUUUGGACAAGCUCCUGGGGGCUUUGGGCAACCUCCUCAAGGACAGCAGCCAUCUUACGGAAUGUACCCGCCAGCGCCAGGAGGAAACCCGCCAACAGGAAUGCCGUCUUAUCCAGGGUAUCCAGGUGGCCCCAUGCCAGCAGCAGGACAGCAGCCCCAGCCGUAUCCUGGGCAACAGCCAUAUCCUGGGCAGCAGCCAAUGCCACCGCCAGGGCACCAGCAACCUAUGCCAAAUUACCCUCCUGGCCCAGCUGUUAAUCCUUCUAUGCCAUCUUAUCCAGGACCAACAGUGCCCACCAUUACUCCCGGAGCGGUAAGAGAACCUCUUCUUAAAUUAUUGAGCUUCCUUGUCUUCCAGUGUAUAAUAGGGAAAGUGCAAAAACUAGGUGUUUGAUGGCACAUGUUGCAUCUGUGGGCCCCAGAUGCUGUUGAAUGCUAAAAAGUGACGGGAGGGCGUUCAGUUGGCGGUUGACAGGUGGUGCAUGGGGAGGAUGCUUGACCCUUACCCCACGACUUUCCACCAGCCAUGGUUUCUGGGUAUGCGUUUGCCACGUUGAGUGGUGGGCGAAGGACGGGUAUUGAUGUGUUGUAAGGGAAAGUGGCAGGCAGGCGAAGUAGCAAACGUUGGUUGAUAGCUUUCUUCCCCAUUCUUUGGACACUGCAGUCUGGAAACCGAGGCACAGUCCGUGAUGCUCCAUCCUUUGACCCUCUGAGGGACGCAGAGGUGUUGAGGAAAGCCAUGAAAGGGUUUGGUGAGUAGUGCUUGCACUCAAAAGUUGGGUGCUUUUUCUUCACGUAAUGAUGUCCUCUUUGUCCCACCCUUUUGCUUCUUGCACGUUCAGGGAUAGUUUGGGUACUGCUUUGCAAAACGUUGCAGGUUACGUCUGUGUUCUGGGUAACGUGAAAGCGAUUCUGAGCGUUGCAUCUUCUGCCCUUGGAGCACAGCCUGUGACACUGGCCAUGGGUCUGGGUUCUCUGUACCAGGGAUUCGGAAAUUCCGUGACCCCAACAGAUGUAUGCCCAAGUACACAUAGAAUCAUAGAAAUGGAAAAAUGGAAGUGGGUCGUCUAGUCCGACCCCCUGCAAUGCAGGAAUCUCAGCUAAAGCAUCCAUGACACAUGGCCAUCCAACCUCUUCUUAUAAACCUCCAAGGAUGGAGAGUCCACCACCUUCUGAAGAAGUCCCUUCCUCUGUUGAACAGGAUCAGAAAGUUCUUCCUAGGGUUUGGUCGGAUUCUCCUCCUUGUAACUUGAAUCCAUUGGUUCGGGUCCCACCCUCCAGAGAUGGAGGAAACAUCUUCCAUGUGGCAGCCCUUGAGAUAUUGGAGGAUGGCUAUCCUAUCUCCUCUCAUGGAGGAAAGACUGUUCAUGACUACUCUCCCUGUUGGAAGCAGCCGUGCUUCUGAUUUGCAGUUGCUGGACACAGGAGGUGAGAGUGCACUUGUGUUAAGUCCUGCUUGCGGGUUUCACAAAGGCAUCUGGUCAGUCACUAAGAUCAGGAUGCUGGGCUAGAUGGGCCACUGGCUGGAUCCAGUAGGCUCCUCUUACACUUAGGGUUGUUUCAGCAAGGCUGCAACCCACCUGCCCUACACCAGAUGUCCUAUUGAACUUUAGGUAUGGGGCAGGUCAAGGUGUGUGUGUGUGUGUGUGUGUGUGUGUGUGUGUUGUGGAAUAAACAAUAAAGCCAGCCAUCCAGAUCUGGCUUCCCAUCCUUGCUUUGCAAAGUCAGUCACUCAGAUAUACCUUUACAAGCUGGAAGGAACAAGUUUAAUGUCCACCUCCUCUUCCAGCUAGAAAACAUAAGAGGGAUUUUGUGGAGCUUGCUUGCUACCCUUGAGGGCAGGGCCCCCCAACACUCUCCCCAAGCCACCCCCCUUUCCGGUCCUGCUCUGUGCCUGGAGGGAAUCUGGUCCUGCCUGGAUAGAGAGGGCUGUGUAUAGACAUCAAACUUUUGCAUGGCUGGAAUGGAGCCUACUGUGCAAAGAUAGAAGGGCAUCUGUUGCUGCACUCAAGUUUUCCGUAGUUGCUCAUUCUGAUCGCAACGCCCAGAUUUCUAUUCCUUUCUAGCAUUUGAUCUUUUCCUCAAGGUUGGAAGACCUCAAAAGUUGCUUUUAGCUUCUUUGCUUUUUGUGAAACAUUUUUCAGUGUUAUACAAAUUAUUUCUCUUUCCUUUCCCACUGAAUUCUGUCCUGCUUUUUUUCUCCCAACUUAAACCUCUCCAUUCCUAGUCUAUGCAAAACGUGUAUGACCCUUCAAUCCAAACCAAAUGCACAACUGUCCCUUCCCUCAGAAAUUUAAAUAUUUGGAUUUCUUUUUUAAAAAAAAAAAAAAGUAAUUGGAAUGUGUGCGAAUACCCCAUAAUGUCAUACAGGCUUAGCUCAUCUGUCAGGCUUUGCUGCCUAAAGUACAACAGAAUAUAGAAUCACAGAAUCCUAGAGAUGGAAGGGACUAUGAGAAUCAUCUAUUCCAAUAAUCCAACUCCCUGCAAUGCAGGAAUCUUUUGCCCAGUGUGGCACUCAAACCCACAACCCUGAGAUUAAGAGUCUCGUGCUCUACCAACUGAGCCAUCCCAUAGUUACUCAUGACUGCUGCAGAUUCAAAUAUGCAUUUGAACAAGUGAUGCCAUGCAGUGUAUAAGGUGGCAGGAGAGAAUACACUUGGUUUUAAAAGUUGGCCUUUUCCGAUUACUAAAUGCUGGGUUACAUUCUGCUGAAGUGGGUUGAUCAGAAAGUACUAUGACGGUGGAAGAGGCUGCACUAAACACUUGAUUCUGUAUAUUUUCAGGAACCGACGAGCAGGCAAUCAUUGAUUGUCUGGGAAGUCGCUCAAACAAGCAACGCCAGCAGAUUCUGCUCUCCUUCAAAACAGCUUAUGGAAAGGUAAGUUCUCCACCAUGAAAUUAUUCUUUGAUUAUUGCAACAGAGGAAGAAAGUGGAGGCAGAGCUAAACAUGGAAGUCAUGUGCAGUCGGUCUAGUUUGUAUGUUCUUUGGCUUAGCUUCAUGCUGAAGUCGCCAGAGGGCUAGGAUUUUGUGCCAAGGGUUAAACGGAAAGGGCAGGGUUUGAGGAUGGAUUUAAGGGGAGGGGUGGCAUUUGUGCAGGUGUUCUGGGAGGCAAUUUUAGGGCUGCAGCACAGUUAAGGGAGAAGGAGUCUUUUGAAGGAAGCCUUCAAAUGGAUAAGGAUGGUGGAGCUGGGCAGACAAACAUCACAGGCAGGAAUGCAGAGAGAUAAGGGGACAAGGCCAUGGGAGGAGUUGUAUGUAGGAACAAGGCAGCUGGAUCUGAGAAUGGACAGGAAGCCAUUGAAGGGAUUUAAGGACAAGGGGUUGUCACAUUAUCGUAAUGAUGAUGGUGAAUGAUUUUGGCAACAAAAUAAUGAAAGAGACUUUAAAUAUCUUGACACCCCAACGAAUGAGAGGUACAAAAUAAGUUUGGUAAUAUCUUGCAGUUUUCAGCAGGAUGACUUUUGUAUUCCUCAAACACACUCUCUUCAUAUCAUCAACUUUUACUGGUCAGCCACUCUUAAAAACCUUUGCAUCAGAGUUCUACAUUUUUGCUAAUGAACAAUUAUCAUCAUCAUCUUAAGAUUGCUAAGUGUAAAAGCACAAAAUAUGUAACAAAAUAACAAUACACAUUCUUCUAAGGAAUUACUUUUGCCAGCUUUGUGCUUGCUUAAUUUUUAAACGGCACCAUGACCCUUUUGAGCAAAUUAUUUAUUUAAUAAAUAAAAUAGGUAUUAUGUUCCUGGGUUGCUGCUUUUUAGUUUAUGACAUUGUUUAUAAUGUGUUCAUUUGCUUUUUCCAUAUUUCUUAUGCUGUGAAGUUGCUCUCAGCAUAUUGUGGAUAUAAGAGCGGGGUUUAAAUUACUGGCUACUAUGGUUCAUUGCCCUAUUCAGCUGAAAUAAAACCUAAAAUUUGUGUGGCUGCAAAUAUUCACACUGUUACAUUUGUCCUCUGCUCUGGUAGAAAUUUAGUAUGUAAACUCCUUUGGGCAGAAAUCAUCCCUUUACCCUUCCUUAUGUUACUCAAUAAAGUGCAGUCGACACUGAUUGUGCUAUAAUUAAUAACUUCACAGAUAUUACCGAACUUUUCUGAAGUCUGACAUUGCAAGAAAAGAGAUUCAGAUCAUUAGUAUGCCUUGAAUAGGAAGCUUUGGCAUAAACCUUUUGUUUCUCAUCCUUUAAAAAACUCACUAAAUAUUACUUUACAAGGGAAACAUGUGUUUUUUCACUUAAAAAAACCCCAGGAUUUGAUCAAGGACCUGAAGUCUGAGCUUUCCGGCAACUUCGAGAGGACAAUCUUGGCAAUGAUGAAGACUCCUGUCCAGUUUGAUGUUUAUGAAAUAAAAGAAGCCAUCAAGGUCUGUAUGGUUUAAAUGAAAGCUACUGUUGUUGUUACAUAAUUCUUGCCUCCCUAAAUUCUUUAUUUGACGCAUCAUCUUUCUCCUGCUUCAAGCCUGUCUUCAAAACCCACCAUUCUGGAUUUGCAUGUGUGAAUACCUAUCCUGUGACCCCCUCCACCCAACCCUUGCAGUAUCAGUUUUUAUUAUGCUACUGAAUCAAGAGACUUCUGCUUAUCUUUCUGUUUCAAGAGCUAUGUACAGUGUGAUGGGACUACGGUAUACCGUUAUCAAAAGCAACUCUCCCUUUGUAUAAUUCUUGGGGGAGGGGAUUGCACAGCAGUUGCAGUUUAAUCUAACUGAAGAAACUGAGAGCUCUGUUGCAAUGUUUGCAGUUCCUGCCCUCUACGCCUGUGUCAUUGCUCAGUCUGUGCUGGCAUCCAGCAGUCCACUGAAGUGCGCAUAUGAAAAAAAAAUGCGAUAAUAGUUCUUUUGUCCUUUGUGUGAUGCGCUCCUGUCACAUGUGAGGGGACACCUCUUUUUAGGUGGUCUUUGUCAACCCUCAUUCUUAAAAGCACAUUCAAUAAUACUUUAUCUGUAGACCAGUUAAGUCUAUCAAAAAAGAGAGAAAUCAAACUGAGCAAUGGAUUAAACAUUGCAGACCUAGUAAGAGUACACUCAGUCCACGUGAGGCCUAGAAAUAGGAGUCACGCCAAUAAGCCUGGCACUCUCUUAGCCUUAAAAGAGGGCAGAACCCAGGAGACAAAUGCUUCUGCCUAGUGGUGAGCUUGAGUGUCUUUUCCUUUUCUUAGGGAGCUGGCACGGAUGAAGCCUGCCUGAUAGAAAUCUUGGCAUCUCGCAGCAAUGAGCACAUUCGGGAAAUCAGUCGGGCAUACAAAGCAGGUGAGUUUUCCUCUCAACUCUGAAACUUCUGCUGUUCUGAUAGAAGGCCAUCCCAAUACCUUUAAAGAUGACGGGUUUAAGUUGAGCAGAAACAUUUGUAGGAGGAAUUGCAUUUUGGACAUUGAGGUCGAAGGCUGUUCAGUUCAUAAGCUGCUGCUUUGUUUAUAAAUUUGAGCUUUGUUGGUUUGUUGGGUGGGGCUGUCAAAUUUAGAAUGGAGAAGACAAUUUACAAGGGCAAACUGGAGUUCAUGAAGGUUCACCCUUUUUCAGGCAGUUGUUUGAUCCAGCGGUUUGUGCAGAAAGAGCCACUUAGUGCAAUAGUACAUUGCUAACAGUUCCUGGAGCUGAACAUGGUGUGUGUCUCUUUGUUCUCCUUCCCCGCCUCUGUAUUUUGUGUGAUUGCAAAGUGCUGUAUAGACUUGAUGCACCACAAAGAUUGCAGUCUGUACCUGCUUUUUCUAAGAUUAAGACCCAUUUAGUUCAACGGUACGUGCUUCUAAGUGGACACAUAAGGCAGCAAUCCUGCACACAGUUGCUUAAGAAUAAACCUCAGUAAAGUUGUUGAGACUUCAUCUCCAAGGAAGCAUAUGCUGGAUCAGCUUACAAAUUCAUAAAGGACUAACAUCAGCUGGCAUGGUCAGUGGUUUGGGACGAUGGAAAUUAUAGGCCAGCAACUUCUGAAGCACACUACAUUAUCUAGGGUUUCAUUUGUUUAAAACACAUAAUUUUAAGGGUUUUCUUGACAGUUCUUGGUUCCUUUUCUGUGCUGUAUAGAAUCCUAUCAUGUGUUUGAUCCGCCAGCUGAGCUUACGGUAUCCAAAGUUUGCCCUGAUUUAGAUGUCCUAGUUUUACUUUCCGGGAAUAAAACCGAGAGCUCCCUCUCCCUGCCCCACUAACAGUGCUCCAUAAAUCUGCUUGCCCCUGGUGUGCUUACUCCCGUUCCCACAUAUCGUCGUCCCGCCCCCCCCCCCAUUUUGAAGGGGGCAGAGACAUCAUCAAAGCACUGCUGAAUUAUCUUGCAAAGUCCCAGUGUGAGAGACGGAAAAAGCACCAAUCACCCCUUUUCUGCCCAUGGCAAAUUCAAAGGAAGAAACGGAUGAUGGUUUCUCAAAGUAGGAUUUGUUAGUAUCUUUGGAAGCCCAGCUUGAGUGAUGGAAGGUAUCUUGCGAGGAGGAACUAGUGGGCCGCCUUAAAUAUUCCCUUUGGCUAGUAGGUCAAACCGAAAUGGGGCUAUUUACACGAACUACUUUUAGUGUAAAAUUUCCCUUUUCAUCUUUUCCCCCUCUUGAUAUUUUGGCUGGAGUAUAAAAGAGUGGAAUGUGAAUCCUCUCCCCCAAGCAGAUGUCCUUGCGGUGUGUUAUAAAAAAAUAGAUAAGAAUUAUCUCUUCCUCUCCUCCCUUCUCUUUCUUCCCACCCAGUGAUCCUUAUAAUGAAAUAAACACAGACCAUUUACAAAACGAGUUUCCUUUGUAUUUCUCACAGAGCAUAAGAAAACUUUGGAAGAAGCCAUCAGAAACGACACAUCUGGACACUUCCAGAGGCUUUUAAUCUCACUGUCUCAGGUAUGCGCAAGAUCCUUGCACCCGGUUGUCCUGUGUUGGUGUUGCUAUAAUUUAUACGUAACCCAAGUUCUCCUAAGAUUUACAUUCAUCCAUUGAAGUAAAAUUCACAGAAGUAUUGGGGUGAUAUCUGUUGUCAGGCAUAUUUUGAGUCCAUUCCUUUCAGUGGUUCUACUCAUGAGUAUGACUAAGACUGGAGAUCACCUUUAUGUUUUUAAGCCAGUGUGAAGAGGUUAUGCCCUCUUGCCUCUAAUGGAGGGCACAGAACAUCCUGGCUGUGGUACUGGAUGUCGGUUCCCUAUGAUGUGAUAUAAUUCAAGACGAAAAGCAUUGAGUUAAUGGAAUUGUAUAUUGCAAGUUUCUUCCCGUAAACAAACAAUUCUCCCUCCUCAAUUAAAACAUUAAAACUUUCCUCCGGAGGGCGCCCCGUGCUUCGGGCUGCAGGCUGCUGCCCGCAAGCCUUGCGAGCCCACGGGAACUCCCGCUGGGCGCGCAAGGCUUGCGGACACCUGCGCGAAGCACGGGGCGCCCUCCGGAGGGCGCCCUGUGCUUUGGGCUGCAGGCUGCUGCUCGCAAGGCUUGCGGAUAGCUUCCUGAAGCCUGGAGAGUGAGAGGGGUCGGUGCGCACCUACGCCUCUCGCUCUCCAGGCUUCAGCGAAAGCCUGCAUUCGCCCCAUAGGACGCACACACAUUUCCCCUUCAUUUUUGGAGGGGAAAAAGUGUGUCCUAUAGGGCGAAAAAUACGGUAUAUAUAUCUCUGAUAACUGUUGUCCAUCUAUAUUUUACCAAAGAAUCUUAAAUUAUCAGAUCUUGGAUAUCAAGUUAAUAGUGAUCAUGUUUGAAAAUAUACAGACUGGUGAGAAUUUGUCUGUCCCAUUUAACCUUAAUGUGUUGCAGCAUUAAAUUGGAAGCAUCAUGAAACAAAUACGCAUGUUUAACAAGCAAAUAGAACAAGGCAUACUUUAAACUGUUCGGCUUGCUUUUUGCUGGACUAACAACCUCAUUAGGCUAACAUCAGUUACAGUGUUUCAAAAGCAGUGUUUCAUCUUUUGACUGACUUGGUAAUUAUUUCAGGGAAACAGAGAUGAAAGUACCAAUGUCAACAUGGCGGCUGUCCAAAGCGAUGCUCAGGUUAGUAUGAGGAGUAUUGUCUAGUUUAUGUUCCACACUGAUUUCUUUUUAAAGGCCCAGCCAGAUGGCUGCUGCAUUGAGCAGACUCUUGCCCGGAGUGGUUUCCUUUAAACAUCUCCUACUUUAAUGAAAUCUAAAACUCGAGACCGUGUGUACUCCCCCACAAUCUGGCAUGUUUCUCCUCUGGCCUAAUUUCUAGCGUGGAAGUUACCCUGAGAACAGUUUGCUUUAAAAAAAUAUUCCUCCUGCCCCCCACAGCCCCUGUUUCUGAAAAAAGGGGGGUAUUGGUAUGGCUUUCCCUCAGCUCUACAUUGAACAGUUUGCACAGUUUCCCUUUUUCAAGUUACUACAGAUAAAUGAUCCCAAGAUAACAGCAAUAAGAAGAUUGCAAUCGAAUAUAUUUUUAAAAAACCCUUCUCAAAUUUACCUGCACCUAUUCCAUUUUUGGAACUAUUUACUAAAUGAAUUGGUGCUGCAGUAAUAAUUUCCCUGAAAUGUGCAACUUUCUCUUUUGGUUCAUCAUGUGGUGAAUUUUUUUGUUUAUUUCAAAUUGUAUGGAAGGAGGAACCACGCACCUUUCUCAGGGUUGCAUAGACUUGUGACUUACAAACCUGUCAAGUUUUUCUGAGCGAAAGCAUGGAGGGAGGAGAGUUGGAAUGUACUUGUGGAAUUUUUCAAUCACCCCCAUUUCACACCGAAAAUGUUCGCUCUGUCACAUUUUGGCUCGGCCCUAGUUAUAAGGAAUACGCCACUGCCAUUUUCAGUGGCAUCCCUUUGUCCCAAUAUCAUUUUGCAAGGAUUUUCGCGCCCGUAACUUUCAGUCAGUAGUAUGAAGUGGGGGCAGUGAAAUGUGCAGCUUAACAGCAUCAGUCGGGAUGCAAGGUGAAGUUAUGUUGUGUGCAAGGGGAAGAAAGCAAAAUUCAACAUGAGCCUGUAGUACUUUGGCUGCAGUCCCAGGUUGCUUGCAUUAUAGUUGCAUCCUUGAUGGUUAGGGAGGUUAGCGAAGGUUAGCUAAGUGAACAAAGGUGUGGGAGAAAAAUAGGACCAGUCCAGAAAUAUCAAGAUAAUUAAAGAAUGAGUAGUAAGGGAGAAGAAACCUUUGAAAGCAGAGUGAAAUUUGGAAAGCAGCUGAGCUCAGGUAAUGACCUGUGAUUUUUUUUUCUUUUUCUUUUAAGGCGCUGUAUGCAGCAGGAGAAAAUCGACUUGGGACUGAUGAAUCCAAAUUCAAUGCAAUUCUCUGUGCCAGAAGUAAAGCUCACCUAAUAGCAGGUAAUUUCUGUCUAUACUUUGCAUCGAGAGGAUGUUUGGUGAUUGUAAAAUUAGGCUGCAACAGUGCAAGAGACUACACAUGCUUUUUCUUGACAAGUGGGAGCUAAUAUUUUGCAUUUUUGAUGGUGCCCUAAGAUCAGCCAACUCUGAUCAGAUGCAAAGAAGGGCUGGGUUCUUCGACCCUUUUAAAUAGUUAUGUAGAAAUUUGUCAGGUGAGACAAGCUGCACCGCCUGAAAGUCCUCCUUCUACAUAACAAAGGGCGUUUGUCCUCCUGUUAGGGUCCACAGUUAAUAAUUGGGGAGGGGGUGUCUGUCUGUCAUCCAGCCGCCAGAUGUCAACUUAGAUAAGUGAUUGGAGUUAGGGCCAUACCAGACAAAACAACUGAAGGCCUGUGAUGGGGCAGUGCAACUGACUCAAGAGCUGGUUGUCAGACUUCACUCUUCACACUCACUUGGCUUAAAUGACUGAUGAUCCCUUUUUUCUCUCUCAACAGUUUUCAGUGAAUAUCAGCGAAUGUGUAACCGUGACAUUGAGAAGAGCAUAAUCAGAGAGAUGUCGGGAGACCUCGAAUCUGGGAUGCUGGCAGUAGGUGGGUGAGGUCUCUUUAAGAGUGAUGAUCAUAGAAUCAUAGAGUUGGAAGGGAUCCCCGCGGGUCAUCUAGUCCAACCCCCUGCAAUGCAGGAAUCCAGAUCACAGGCAUCCCUUGAUGGGCUCAAACCACCAGCUUUCUGGUUAACAGCCAGAUGCACUUGACCCAUUGCAGCACUAUGAAUCUGACUUUUCAAAUUGUGGUUUGAAUGUUCCUUUGCUGCCCUAAACACACACAGUUUUCUGGCCUGGACUGCACUCUUUAAAAUAUAUAAUUUUUGAAAAAGAUCCAGAAGUUGGGGGAUAGCAGGCUAUGCAUGGUACCUAUUGGCUAGUACCUGCAAUAUCACCAACCUCUUCUCCCGUAAAUUCUCAGAGUAGCUUUUAAAGUAUUUGUGUGUUUUGGCAGGGUAAAAUGUGACAUGUAUGUUACUUAAGAUGUAUUUCAAAGCACAAAAGAGGGGCAAAACUAAGAGAUCGUAUCUGAGUCAUGUAUAUGUUUGGAAAGCAAGUCAUAAAGUUCAAUGUGUAGGUGAAAAACUUUGCCGUUCAAAAUAUUUUAUCAUAUAUUUCAUGCCACUUUCUACACAAUAGUUCUCUUGAAAAUAUUUGGCUUUGGCUGCGAGUUUCAGUUGGAGCUAAUAAUAAUAAUAAUAAUAUUUAUACCCUGCCCAUCUGGCUGAGUUUCCCCAGCCACUCUGGGCGGCUCCCAAUCGAGUGUUAAAAACAAUACAGCAUUAAAUAUUAAAAGCGUCCCUAAACAGAGCUGCCUUUAGAUGUCUUUUAAAGAUAGGAUAGCUGCUUAUUUCCUUCACAUCUGAAGGGAGGUCGUUCCACAGGGCGGGCACCAGCUACUUUUACUUCCCCCAGAGAACUUGGUUAUAAAUUUCAUAUACCAUUCCUUUGGUUUGUCUCGUUAAACCUGGUUCCCAUUUAACAAAUCACAGUUCAUGUGAUUGGGGAAAUGGCUAGGAUUCCACUGAGGAUGCCCUUUGAACUUGCUACUUCACCUUCCAUGCCAGGCACAGCAACCUUUGUCUGUAUUCUCUCAUCUUUCAUUCCUCUUGUUUUGAAGACAAGUCACGUCCAACAACACCGUGUUUACAUUCUGAGUGUGUUUCUUGGAUAGGGGCGAGUGUUGUGCCAAAAGCUUUUGCCAUCACCAGGUUCCUUUUCAAAAAUGUUAAAUAACUUCUAGGAUCACUUAACCUGUCCUAAGUGGACAGCUAUCAACCAGUGAAUCCCGGAGUGCUAGUUAAAGUGUCAUAUUGGCCACAAAUUCAUUGGGUGACCUUAGGCAAACUACUAUACUGACCAACCCUGCAGCACGGUCGUAAGGAUUUACAAGGUAAUAUAUAUGAAGCUGCUUGACUAUUUAAAAUGUGUUCCAUAAACACUCACUGUUUUAUUUGUCGUAUAAAAUGGCUUUUACUCUUUGCACCAGAUCUAACUGGAAAUAUGUACCCUUUUUUUUUUGCUCCGUUAUAGCUUUCAGGAUUGUAAGCUUGGUAACUGUAUGCAAUACUCCCAUAGUGUGUGACUAACUUCACUGCCUUCCAUUUUCCGGUCUUGAAGUGUAAUGUGUGCCUUGUUCAUCUACAUGAGAAAUCUUAACAUUGAUAUCAAAAAGGAACAUACCUUGUAUUAGGUUACAAAUGAACAUCACCAUUGGUUCUUUCCACUCCCAUAAAAUGCUCAAGUAAAAAGGUAGAUGCUGUUUGAUAGCUGUUUGGAUUGCAUGACUGUGUGCUUUUUUUAAAAAAAAUCUGAUUUUGUGUGAUUGUCCCCUUUGUUCCUCCCCAUGACAUUCACUGAGUCAUCUCAACUCCCAGGUUAACCUGAGAAAGCAGAUUUCAGCAAAAACAGUAUGGCAUUGAUGUUUUUUUAUAAAAAAGUUAGCAAAUGGUUAACAGUCAGUAACUGGUGAUCUCAAUUUCUUUUGCAGUUAAGUGUGUAAGAAAUACACCUGCUUUCUUUGCAGAGAGGCUGCACAAGGCCAUGAAGGUGAGUUGAAAUCAUGUGGGCCUCUGCACGUCCGUGUGGUCAGAUAUUCAAAUGAGCUGUUAGAAGCUGACUCUGUUGGGCUGUAGAUCUGAGCCCAGGAUAUCAGAUUUUAGGGCUGGUAGACAUGUUUCACACAAACCUGUGUAACUGUAGCUUGAAAAACCUCUGGAGGCAAUGCUCGAGCAAGAAACGGCUGCGGGUGUGUGCACAUAACCCAUUGCCAUUUUCUUCAUUCCAAUUCCUCCCCACUACCCCGGGUUCCACAGGCCUGAUUUUAAAUGACAGAGGUGUUGGUGUAGUGGUGUUUGUGAACUGAAGCGGGGUGAUAGCAGAGAGGCAAAGGGUUUGGUGCCCCCUUUUCUCCCCUCUCCUAGUCUCCCUUUUUCAGUUGUCCCUCCCCUUCCCCAACAUCUUUUCAGGCUAAAAAGAAUAUGCCACCCUGUCAACAAAUGGGCAUGUGUAAGGUUUUGAACUUUGAAUUGGUUAUCAAUUAAGCAGCUGUCCCCAACUCUGUUCUCCAUGUAUUUUGGACUACCACUCAUAAUAGCCUCAGCUUUUGUGACCAAUGGAAAAGGAUGACAGGAGUUGUAUAACAUAGUGAGGGCACCACAUUAGGGAAGGCCUGCCAUAAAGCCUCGAGCGGCCAUUUUGAGUAACAGUCAAGGCUACAUGUUCAGAGGGAGCAUCGCAGUCUGGUAACAAUUCCCAUUCUGGCCCUUUCCGCCACGUUCUUCACAGGGAGCUGGAACCAAAGACCGGACUCUCAUUCGCAUCAUGGUGUCACGCAGUGAGGUUGACCUGCUAGACAUAAGGCAGGAAUACAAGAGGAUGUAUGGCAAAUCUCUCUACACAGACAUUACGGUAAGAUUGUGAGGGGCUUGUCUCGCUUUCCAUGCGUGCCAUGCGGCCAGUGUUCACACCGAAACCUUGAACUUGGCCCAGUACCAUUUUUGGGAGCCGGUGCCAUGUUCAUCCAUCUUCACAGUGGGCCUUUCUCCACCUGAACUCUAGCCAUCAUCUGGCUGGCCUGUUUCAUAGGCUGUAGUUCCACACUAUACCAGGGGGCCGAAUGUGCUCCACACCACUGUUGUUUUAACAGAAAGCAAAACAAAAAACCCCCAUCAUAUUAAAUAAGAUGUUGCUAUUGGAGUGUUGGGGGGCGGGGGAGAAAAAAUCAGGUGGCUGCUGUCUCCCCAGGUAUAAAAGUCUUGUUUAUAGGUUCAGAUGAGCAGGGUGUAUGCCUUGUGUAACUGGGAGGUUCACCUGUUGGCUUCUGGCACAAAGAUGAUUGCUCUCUUUAACCUUUGGCACAAGAUCACUUUUUUCCCCUUUUGGUGUUUCUUACCAGGGUGACACUUCUGGAGACUACAGGAAAAUCCUGCUGAAAUUGUGUGGUGGAAACGACUAA